CUCAAUGGGUAGAGCGGCGGUCUAGAUACCCGAACACGCGAGUUCAAAUCGGCAUGCAAAAUUUCAUCACAGCUGUAUGAAUAGUUUCGGAAUGGUAUCAAUUCUCCUUUUUGAUUUUUAACGGUCAAAAUUUUGUGAAAAUUGUUAUUCCGGCGACCAAAAUUAAGCUUUUAUUUCUCCGCGAGAUUGUGAGCUACGCCAACCAAAAUUUCAGGGCAAAUAGCGAAUAUCUGCAACUAUCUGCAUGCCAAAUUUCAUCACAGCAGUAUGAAUAGUUUCGGAAUGGGAUCAAUUCUGGUUUUUUUUUAUAUUUAGCGGCCCCCAUAAGGUGGAAAACGCGGAGUCUCACUAAAAAAUAAACUAUGUUUUGACACAUUUCUUUAUUUAGAGAGCCAAACACGCAGAUGCUGUAUGUCUGUCUAUGUCUCGUUUCGGCAAUUCAGCACAGAGUAUUACAGGCUUCUGUGAUUUCAGUGUACUGAGUGUAGCCAUCUAUUAUGUGGUGUAGCACCUUAUACAGUUAUACAGUCGCUGUAAAAAUAAUGAAUAUACCGCCUAAAUAAUAGCGGCACUUAAUUGAUGCCGGUAAUGCAUAACAUGAACCUUAUUCGUGUUUUGAGUAUCCCCACAUGGGGAUACACAUAUCACUGUGACACCAGGGAUAAUAGGCAAAAGCAAGAAUAGGUAAACUUACGGUACGACGUCACCGUGCCGACGUUAAGUCAGUAAUUAGCAUAUCCGACAUCCGGUCAGGGGCCGGCGUGUAAGAGAGGUUAAGAUGUUCCGGUUUACGGGUACGAGUAUCGCCAUUUUGUUUACCAAUUUUUGCUGAUGUCAGCAUUUUUACCCGUAAUUUCUACCCGUUUCCCCGCGGUAAACAUGGCAUACACGUAAACGACAAAUGGGUAGGGGUGUUUUCUGUUCAUUAUUUGUGGUCCAUUUAAAUAGUAAAAAUUUUCAAAAUCUUACCCAAAUAAAUAAUGCACAUAUGCUUGUCAAAGUGUUCAACAAACUAUGGCGGAUCUCAACAGCGAAAGUUGCCAUUCUCUAAUCGGUUUUCUCACACCGGAAUAUCUUGGAUUUCUUAAGUUACAAGUUAUUCCCAGAUUUACGGGUACGUGCAUGUAUAUCACCCGUACUCGUAAACCGGGAUAUCUUAACCUCUCUAUUAUCAAUGUUCUGGAUCAAUAUUGAAUUGAUUGAUUUGCACACAUCACAAAAAAAAACACAGACAAAAGCAUAGCAGAAGCGUAGAUUUACCGCAAAACACUACACUACAGCAGAUGGGUUUGUCAAGCACUUGUAUCUUGUAUUUGGUCGCAAAUUUGUAAGUAGAAUCGAUCCAAGAUAAAGACUCAUGAGGUCACUUGUUUCGUAACGUGUAUGCUCCAUGUAUACAGCUAAUUCAAUUAAGGUUGUCCUUCCAAAAGCUUAAACCUUAAACUCUGGGGGCACAAGGGACGAUGGAUUAUUGCUUAUUUAGACUCAUAAACUUUAAAUUUAGCUUUGCAAGAAUACCUAAGACAUAUAUAAGACUCACAUCAGAAAACAUACUUGCUGCAAAGGCAAGUUUCUGAGUUUAAGGUCUACUUGAUGGUGAAAACCUAUCAUCGCUUGCGCGCUCAAAGUUUAGUGUUUAAGGUUUUGAAAAGAUAACCUUAAUUGAAUCAGCUGGAUGUGGAGUGAAAGUGCAGACAAAGAUGGCGGAAAUCAAUAUCCAGUGCCAGUCCCUUUCUAAUAAUAUAAUAAGUCAUUCUCGUACCCAGAGCCCUUCUUACGCGCGGUACGACGAGGGGCUCUGGCCAAAUCCAUAACCGGAUACCAUAAAAACAUGGUAAGAAAACAAUGUCUGGUGUUAGAACUAGCCAAUCAGAUGCCAGUUCGGAAUAUGGAUUUGGCCAGAGCCCUUCGUCGCACCGCGCUUACGAAGGGCUCUGGGUACGAGAAUGUAUAAUAAGUUUGUCACGGUUACAUGUUAUUUAUAGAUCAACUAUAUGUUUAUCAUUAUUACCGAUCAACAACAUGUUAUUUAUAGAUCAACUUUAAUAUGUACAAAUCAACUUUAUGUUAACAUUGACAAUAGGCUGACAGUACAAUAAGCUUACGAAGAUAAGAAACAGGAGAUAAGAAACAGGAGAAAGGAACAGGAUUUUCGUCUCAAUUGACACCUACAUAACCCCUAAAAAGGUUACCACCGCAAGGAUUAUGCCAAAAUUUCGUGUUUUGAAUUCAAUAUAUUAGAAUUGAACCAUGAUUUUAUGAACUGAUAGCUUGAUUAGCAAUAUAGUCAGUUAGAAAAACACUGGAAUUAGCCUUUCUCACGCUGACAAAUAUCCGCCAUUUUUUGGGUGGCAUCUAAUUCUCGUUAACCAAUGCAGACAAUUAAAACAAUGUGAAAAGCAAUUUUUCAAAAUAAACUAACCAUUUUCCAGGGUGCGAUAAUUCAAUAUUUUUAGCCGUACCUGGCUGGUACUCCGACAACUUUUGCCGCGUACCUGAUCUGGUACAAACUUAAGAGUCAAGACGUACCUAAGACUACUUCCGAGCCAUGCGUUUUUAUACCUACAUAUACUUUACUGGUCCAAAAGCAAAAAAUGUAUGGGCAAUUUUGUACAAGUGAAUCUUUAAUUAUGGUAUUUGUACAACAUAAUAUAACAGUUUUCAAAGCGUCGACGUUGUGACUCGAAUGCCAUCGCCCAUUUACAUAAAAUUAUCGUUUGAGGAUAACGAUUUUAAAAUCGCUCACCCGAGCGAUUUUUUUUUCAGUCGGACGAUGACGAUAAAUUUUUUGAUCAAGCGCAAAGAUAACCUUUUGGCUUUUUUCAUCCCAAAAUAUGUCCGAUGCGUGGAAUUUACAUGUACAGCUAAAGUUCUUCACGGUUUUGAAUACUUUGGCAGGUUUCUAGUUAUUGCUAGAAGGAAAAUAAACAAAGAAGUACCAGACCAUAAAUUUGGCGUACCUCCGGUACGUUGGUACGCGAAUUAUCGCACCCUGCAUUUUCAAAAUAAACUAACCAUUUACAAAGCAAAUUUACCAUCAUUCAUCCAAAAAAUUAUAAAAAGUUGUAUCUCGCAGACUUCUGCUGAAAUGCCACCCAAAAAUGGCAGCGUGAGAAAGGCUAAUUGGUUUCACAUUUCUCAUAGAAUGACUGUUGUCGCUCCAGAAUAUAUAGAUCUCACCGACUAAACCUCACCACCGAUAAGAACACCAUCCGUCCGAUCAAGGACAUCACCGCCCAAGAUAUCUAUAUAACUCUAAUGUCCUAUUAACCCCCUCAGUCUGAACAGUUACUGGACGCCCUUCAAAAUUACUCUACUUAGGAACAAUAAUUUUAGCCGAUCUUUGGUCGGUAUACCAGAAUCGGAAAUUGUCAUAAAAGCUUGUAAAGCACUGCGAAGCUUUCUCUGUAAAAAACUAUGAAAGUGUAUAACCUCGAGUCUUGAUAAGCUUAGAUACAUUUGAAGGCUGUUCUGAGUUUCCUCCGUGCAUUGUAUUGCACCUGAAUAAUUCAAAAGUUGCAAUAUAUUGUUCAUGGAGUCGAACCGUUUUUCUGAAGUUAGCUUGCUUCGUAAUGGACAUGAAUCUGGAAUGGAAGAAACAAGAGACAACUUAUUUACACUCUACAUUUAAGCCGACCUGUGAGCAAGGUCGUUACAAGUAACGAAAUUGUGAGUAAUCGUAAAAAUGUAAAUUUUUAGGUAACCGUAACGGUAACUAUAGUGGCGUUUUGAACAGACUGUAACUAGUUUUUGUUACUUUUCUGACCAAUGUUUACGUUUUUUUCGUUCAUGUCACGUUUAAAUAUAGUACUUGCUAUUUUAUAAUACUUUGUGUUUGUGGAAACACCACGCAAAGUUAUUACUGCAUUUGAAAUUUAAUUAAACGGUACGUCAACCACACCAUUUCAAACGUAGUGAAGUGAUUCUAAUUAACGCGCGCGCAUCCAAGACAAGAGAAAUUAUUAAUAUUUUGCACAUUAAUUAAAAUUAUAAAGAGAGCACGCCACGUACUAUCUAGUGGAUUUCCCUCCUGAUCUAUAGUAUUGUGCUUCUCGAUUUCAAUUGGCUCUCUCAUUUUGCGAGAGAACUUAUGACUAUCAAUCGCCAAAAUGGUUGCUUCGUCCAUUUUAUACGAUGGUAUGUUUAGGCGCAGCAAAUUGAUCUUGCUCAGCUUUCUCGCAAUUCGUCUUAAAGAGUCCUGGUCAACCACAAUGCAAUGCGCGCUUUUGUUUACGUUUUUCUGUUACUUUUCUCAGUUGUUGCCGCCAUUUUCGAGGCCACAAAAAUGGCUGCUUCUGGCCAACAACGUAACAGAAACGUAAACAAACGCACGCAUUGCAUUGUGGUUGACCAGGACUCUGAUUUCGACCAAUUUCAGCAAUGUAAACCAGACCACAUUCACAAGGAAUGCGGUACACACCAAGUUCCCGAGAUUCAUUUACGUUGUCCGUAUGUGUACAAAGAGCUCGAAACAAUUUGUUUUCACUGUUACGGUAACCUUCAUGCCACCUUCGUUCUUCGUUUUUUUGUGAAGCCGGACCACUGUAUGGUAGACAAACAGAGGACUGAUGUUCAAUCUUCUGCUGUACACUUUGUGGUGGUUGCAUAUCUAUGAAAUGCCGGGAUAACCAUUCAUUUUUUUUAUGCAGACAGAUUAAGUACGUGGAAGACAAUAUGUCCUUCUUGUAGGUCUAUUGGCAGCCCUUCCUGUUGUAGUUAAUAAGCGGUGAAGGUGUAUUACUGCAGGGUAACAUUGUAAGGUAACACUGACGAUGAAUUAGAACAUUAAAGAAAUGUUCUAAAAAUGAAUGGUUAUCCCCGGCAUUUCACAGAUAAUGCUAUGCAACCACCACAAAAUGUACAGCAGAAGAUUGAGUAUCAGUGCUCUGUUUGUCUACCAUACAUUGGUCCGGCUUCACACAAAAUCGAGAGGAUUUUGAAGAAAAAAGCAGGUAUAAAGGUAUACCAUUCCAGUAAAAACAAAUUGUUUCGAGCUCUUUGCACACAUAAGGACAACGUGAAUGAAUCUUAGGAGCCUGGUGUGUACCGCAUUCCUUGUGAAUGUGCUCUGGUUUACAUUGCUGAAACUGGUCGAAAUCUUUCAAGGAACAUAAGACGAAUUGCGAGAAUGCCGAGCAAGAUAAAUCUGCUGUGGCUAAACAUACUUGGACUUACGACCAUCGUAUAAAAUGGGACGAAGCAACCAUUUUAGCGAUUGAUAAUCAUAAGUUUAAUUGAAUUAUCUGUCAAUGUAAUUAUUAAAACCUGCAGAUACAUCUUUACUUUAAACAAGUUACAAAAAUAUAAAAAAGUAACUUUUAAUUACAAGAAUCGUGAAGUAACUUUGUAACGGUAACUAGUUGUAUUUUUAUGUGUAACUUUAACCAAUAACUAUGGUCAGUUUUUUUUAGCAUGUAACUGUAACUAGUAGUUCCAAAACAUAAGUAACUUUUACAGAACUGAAUUUAGGUACAUUUUUCUCCGAUAAAUACACAGCCCUAACCCUAAUACAAGGCACUUUUACCUGGUUUCAUCAGAACAUGCAGUUUGCUGUAGAUAUCAGUAUUUCUAAACAGAUGUCGCCAUAUUUCACAAAUCUGUACGAAGUGUUGUUGGGUGAGGGUUACUUCAGCUGCGGUGGUCCAACGUUCUUGGUGGUCGAACAAUGAGGCCAAAAGACUGGUAAACGACGUAAAUAUUUCUGCAUUCCACAUCUCUAAACUAUCAGAAGACUGAACAGUUAGAGAUACAGACAAAGGUUUGAAUUAUCUUACAGCUCAAUGACGUAAUUGUUUACAAAAUAGUAUCAAAUUAUUAUAUUUACAAUAUCAAAGUAUAUAAAAUGUAAUAUCCAAACAUUUUACAUUCAUUAUCUAUAAUUAAAUUUAUUACACAAGGCAAAGAAAUAACGAAAAACUGCAGUUGUCAUACAGUAUUUUAAUAAAACACAAAACAAUAGACAUUCCGAAAGUUGUAAACAUUUUCAUUCUUUACGUUUCGACUAUUAACUAUUUAAGUCAUCUUCUCUUCUUCUCAAGAUAAACGAGUUUUUCGCUUUAUUAGUGUAAGUAAAAGAAAUGUUGAAUUCUUUUAUUGUGUUACGUUAUUACUUGAAUCUCUCAAUUCACAUUUCUCUGAGUAUUUUCUAUAGUCUUUCGAAACAUCUUUUUGUUCGCGUUUAUGCAGUUCUGUGCACGGUCAAUGAACACGUUGUAUUUCAGCAGAAUGAACGAAUCAUCCAAUAGCAACGAUUCAGUUCAGUCAUUCAACCAUGUCAUUUAAAUAUUAAAGGGGCAAUGUCACCGAUUUUUGACCUAAAAUGCCUAAAAACUGAACUACAAACGUAAAUGGAUUAAGUUAUGGCAUAUGAGUCAUAUUAAACAACUUUGAACUUCCACGCAACAUGUAACAUAACUUUUUCAUAAAAAUUAGCUAAAACUUGAAAAAGUGUCUGCCAACAUUAAUCAAGAUUCCAUUUACAAUCCAUCUCAAUCCUGGCGUAAUCUUGCCCAUCCAGACUUCUGUACAUGUUUUUUGUGUCUGUUAUUGCUUUAUUUUGUGCUUACACUCAUUCUUUUUCAGUUUUGGGCAAAAUUUGCGAGGGUUGGAAUUGCUCAAAAAUCGGUGACAUUGCCCCUUUAAUAAACCUAAAACAAAGGUUGUGCACGGUGUAAGGUGCGACUCAACAUAAAAUCCCAGCUCAUUAAAACCGCUUUGAAGUUCACUGAGUUUCCAGACCAUGUCUCGAAAGACUAUGAACAAUCUCGUUAAUAUCUAUAACCUCUACAUGUAUAUACAUAGUACAAAGUUACCUUAUCCUUGACUGUAAAACACUUAGCAAAACCAGCAGCAAUUCAGAGCAGACAUUCCUGGGGACAGAUGAUCGAUGGGUUGUGACAUUGUCAUUGCUGUUCUUCUCACCACAUGAUCUGGUUUGACCAAUCAACGUGAACCACAAUGUUGUUAAUAUAUCCACAAUCUGACAAAAGUUGUCUGAGAUAUUGCUGGUCAAACAAAAGUAAAUAAAAUAAUUGAGUAUGGAACUCAGUAUAACUAGGGAUCCAAGGAUAGUGUAAAGUUUCAAAUUGAAAAAUAUACUGCAAGAACUAUAUAUAGGGUCGCCGACAACCUAGAAAAGCUGAUGGCUUACACUACGAAAUAAAUAGUUACCAUAGGCAUUUCAUCUCAUUAGGGGCGGACCAUUAGAAAAGUGAUGGGGGGGAAGCAAAAAUAAAGAUCGAGCAGGGAAAACAGAAAGGAAAAAAAUUCGUGCACCAAAAAGUUUGAAAAAAAUUCGUGCAGAGACUUUUCAAUAGGGAAAAUUAUAAUUAUAGGGAAAGUUAAAAUUAAAAAAAAAUCGUGCAAGGGAUUAUAUUUCAAAAAAUUAUCGACACAAGCAAACAUUUAAAAAAAUAUUCGUACCACACCACCCUCCCCAUCACUUUUCUAAUGGUUCGCCCCUCUGUUUUUUUAAUGCGUUCGGCACAUGAGUAGCGCAAAGCCCAACACAUCAAAAACAUCGUGCCUCGCGGAACUGAUACAAUUUAUUUAUUUAUUGUGACGCUAUUGCUACACGGGACAAUUCGAAAUUUAAAUUGUUUCACCAACAACCAAAUUUUGCAUAUUCUAAAACUUCAUUUGCAUUGGAAGCUGUCGCUAAAAGUAUCCCCACGAGGCUACUGAUAUGCUAAACUUAUUUAAAACUAUUAUUAAUAUUCCCAUCUUUUAGCGCCCAUAUUGCACAUUUGACUAUUGUCUCAGUGACAACUUUAAUUGAAAGAGCUGCAUAAGAUACGUUAAAAUUUCACUCUCUUCAGUAAUUUUAAUCAAAAUCACUAAUGUUGGCACAGCUGGAGGUUAAGGAAAUUAAUUCCAGCACUUUCAAGGACUUCUACUGAUGUUCAAGGACUUUCUAGUCCUGAAAUUAUUUUCUUCCAAUUCAAGGACUUUCCAGGAUUUUCAAGGCCCGUGGACACCCUGUAUAUAGAGUAGGGUUUUUAGAUUUAGUGACGGGUUUUUGUCUCUGCGCAGCAGAUAUAUCGUCGUCGUGUCUUACAACACUAGCCAAUCGAGAGCCAAUCGAGAGCCAAUCAGCGACUCAGCCAAUCAGCGACUCAGAACUAGCCAAUCGAUAGCCAACCAACGACAGCCAAUCAGCGACUCAGAAAAUUAUGUCACUAUUUCAUUUAACGAAUACAUAAUUUAUUUGGAAUUCAAAAUAGCCGCCUUCGAUGGAGUGAAUAUAUGUUUUCAUAUACGAAAUUUAGGUGUCUAUACUGUUGGAAGUGUACAUAAAAAUCCUUGUAUUUCCACGUUUUACUUUGCCACAUAACAGUAUUUUUUCGACUACAAUGAAUAUAAGCUUAUGAUGACUGUGUAUGGUACGUAUACUCUGUAAUAAUGCCUUGCGUCGUGUCGAAGACACACAUGUCCAUUACCUAUUAUGCAACAAUCAUUCAAUUCAACAACAACAACAACAACAACAACAACAACAACAACAACAACAACAACAACAACAACAACAACAACAACAACAACAACAACAACAACAACAACAACAACAACAACAACAAACAACAACAACAACAACAACAACAACAACAACAAACAACAACAACAACAACAACAACAACAACAACAACAACAACAACAACAACAACAACAACAACAACAACAACAACAACAACAACAACAACGACGACGACUAGAAACUGUCAACAUUUUGCGCAGAUACAUGUACGCCUAGCGUACCUAUUUUUGUAGAUGGAAUUUCCCACUACGAAAGCGCUUCAACUGUUAGUUCUAUCGAGCAAGAAAUGAACUUCACCUGUUUGCGCUAAUUAAUAAAUGUAACCACGGAACAAGGCCAUAGUUUUGACACAGAUCAUAGACUGCUGCAUGAUGUCGACAAACCACAUGGAGAAUUUUCAAUGUUAGCUUCUAAAAUGAUGAAAUGAAAUAGAUUUUGCAAUAACCUACAACGUGGCCGUGGGAUCAAUCGUGCAGUCUGUGUCGGUAUUUGUAUUAGCAUUUCACAAGACAAUUAGCAUACCAUAGAAUAUGUAAUUAUGUAUAAAGGGCUGUCUCAUGAUUAAGCCAGCAUCAUUUGGAAUGCAUACUUGUACGAAGAUAGACCGGUUUUACUGUUAGAUAUAUCUUAAUAAAAGAUUCAUAUAAACCACGACGUUACAUGGUGUCAGGAGUGGGAUCUCCUUCAUCAAAGCUUUAGUCAAGCUUUAAGCUUUUGACGAGGGAAAUAUAAUUGAAUUGAAGUAAACAGAAACAAGUGAAGCGAAACCGUCGAAAUAUGUCAACUGCAGACAAGAAUAGCGACGAGUGUAAAAUGGCAGAUAUAAACUUUCAAGCCAGACUAUCGCCACCGUCAAGACUCGAACUAACUGGUAACCUAGCUGUGAACUGGAAGAGGUUUCAGAGAUCGUGGAAGAACUACGAAAUCGGAUCACGACUAAAAGAAUUAAGUUUGGAGAUGCGAACGGCAACGCUAUUAACAUGUAUUGGACCGGACGCUUUAGAUAUACUCGAGGGACUCGAUUUCGAAGAGGAGUCACAAAGAAAUAACAUUGACAUUGUCAUGGAAAAGCUCGAAGAAUAUUGUGUGGGCGAAACGAACGAGAUAUACGAACGAUAUUGCUUUAACAAGCGGGAUCAGGAAAUUAACGAAACAGUUGAACUCUACGUUACGGUCCUUCGAAAGUUGGCAAAGACAUGCAAUUUUGGGACUCUUGAAAACAGUUUGAUAAGAGACCGACUCGUUGUGGGCAUUCGGGACAAUAAUAUACGAAAAAGAUUGCUUCAAGUUUCAAAGUUAACCCUGAAAGAUGCCAUUGACAUAUGCAGAUCAUACGAAAGUACGUGUCUGCAGCUGAAAGCGAUGUCACAAGAAGCAGAAGUUCAUAAAGUUGACAAAGCGAAGCCUGGUUUCGAGCGAUCUCUGAAACGAGUUGGAGGUGAGGUAAGCCGUAAAGUUAUAACAUGUAAAUUCUGUGGGAAGUCUCACCCAAUGAACAAACUUAUGUGCCCAGCAUGGGGAAAAAACUGCAACGCAUGUGGCAGAAAGAAUCAUUUUGCUGUGAUGUGUAGUGUAAAGCCACGGGAAAGGCGGGAAUCUCUAAAGUGGGUCGAAGACGUAAAUUCUGAUGAAUAUAUUGCAUGUGUUGAAUUAAAAGAAAGUGUGUGCGCUGUUGAGGUCAGCCAAAACAAAGAUAAAGUGUUUGCUACAAUGUUGUUGAAUGACAGACAUAUUCGUUUUCAGCUAGAUAGUGGGGCAACUGUUAAUGUAAUUUCCCAGAAUGACUACAGUGAAGCGUAUGGCAAGGAGAGCCUAUUGAGUUUAGAAACUACGAACGCAACUUUAGUAAUGUACAAUAAGAGUGAAGAGAAGCCGUUAGGAAAGAAACGGGUGAGAGUGGUAAACCCCAAGAAUGGAAAGAAGUACAGUGUUGAGUUUGUUGUGGUAAAAGGGAGUUGUACCUCACUCCUUGGUGCUAGAGCAAGCCAGCAGAUGGGUCUUUUGUCAGUCAAUAGAAACAAUAUUCUAGCGAUAGAAACUCAAAGUGCUGAGAAAGUCGAAAGCAUCACGAGUUUACACCACAACAUGGGUUUACGAUACAACGCGGUGAUGUCAAAAGAAAGUAUGUUGGGAGAGUUUUCCGAUGUUUUCGCUGGAGAAGGAAAGCUAGAGGGAGAGUUGCAUCUCGAAAUCGACCCAUCCGUAACACCAGUGCAACUACCUACGAGAAGAGUACCACUGGCAGUCAAGGAAAAGUUAAAGACGGAGUUAUCUCGUCUGGAGAAGCUUGGUGUCAUUAAAGCAGUAGAUGUUCCAACAGAUUGGAUCUCAGCAAUGGUGGUGACAAUGAAGAAGGACGGACGAAUCAGAGUGUGCGUUGACCCAAAACCACUGAAUCGAGCACUGAAAAGAAACCAUUACCCGUUACCAACCAUAGAAGAUGUGCUACCACAGCUGGCCAAAGUAAAGUUUUUUACAGUGUUAGAUGCCAAGAAUGGGUUCUGGCAUGUCUCUCUGGAUGAAGUGAGCAGUUAUGCUACCACAUUUGGAACACCGUGGGGACGAUAUAGAUGGUUACGAAUGCCAUUUGGUAUCGCACCAGCUCCGGAGGAGUUCCAGAGAAGAAUCGAUCAAGCUCUUGUAGGAUUGAAAGGAUGCAAUACCAUCGCUGAUGAUAUCCUCGUAUUUGGAUGUGGAGAGACAUCGGAAGAAGCAUUGGAAGAUCACGAUUUCAAUCUUCGAAAUGUUCUGGAGCGGUGCCGAGAGAAAGCAAUAAAGUUGAAUGGCGCCAAAGUACAAUUCAGGUGUGAAGAAGUGUCAUACAUGGGACACACAUUAACCAAAGAUGGCUUGAAACCAGAUGCAAGCAAAGUUAAAGCAGUGGAGGAAAUGCCACCACCAACUGAUAAAAAGGGGGUACAACGUCUGUUGGGAAUGACCAACUAUCUGCAGAGAUAUGCCCCAAAGCUGGCAGAAGUUACAAAUCCUCUGCGCGAGCUGACGAAGAAAGAGAGCGACUUCAUUUGGGAAGAAUCUGUUCAUGGCCGAGCACUGGCGGAGACAAAAAGAAUGUUGACAACGGUACCAGUUCUGAAAUAUUUUGAUCCAACGAUGAUGCCAGUCCUACAAUGCGAUGCUUCAAUGCAUGGGCUUGGUGUUUGCUUGAUGCAAGACGGACAGCCUCUUCCGAUCUAUAUGCUUCUCGAUCGCUGACCGACACUGAAGUCAAUUAUGCUCAGAUUGAAAAAGAGCUUUUAGCCAUUGUUUACGGCAUGGAAAAGUUCGAGACGUACGUAUACGGUCGAAAGGUGUUGGUCGAAUCGGAUCAUAAACCGUUGGAAACGAUAUUCAAGAAAAGUCUUCUGUCUGCCCCCAAACGUCUUCAGCGAAUGUUGUUAAGGCUUCAAAGAUACGAGUUCGACGUCACGUACGUGAAAGGAACGCAACUUAUCAUGGCGGAUGCAUUGAGUAGGGCUUUUCUCUCGCAUCCAGAAAUAAUGCGUGAUGGGGAGCAGGGUCCGCAAGUACUCGCAGUUGACGAUGUCGUAGUCGAAGAUGUUAGAUCUCCCACUGAGAUUGCAACCGAACAGGUCAACAUGCUUCAGUAUCUGCCUGUCAAAGAAGAAACCCUUCAGAGAAUUAAAACAAGUACACGUGAAGACCCCGAGCUUAAGAUUCUGGAGCAAGUGAUCAAGCAAGGUUGGCCGGAGUCAAAGAAGGAAGUUCCAGCACAGGCUUUGAAGUAUGUAGCUUUCCGAGAAGAGUUAACAGCGCAAGAUGGAAUCAUUUUCAAGGGAGAACGUGUGGUCGUACCUCGAUCCUUGCGUAAAGAGUUCACAACGAAGGUCCACGUUAGUCACCUGGGGAUUCAAGCAUGUCUCAGACGAGCUCGGGAAGUAUGGUAUUGGCCAAACAUGAAUAAAGAGAUUACAGAGUACAUUUCAAAAUGUCAGACAUGCAAGACAUACUCUCAAGAGCAACAGAAAGAACCCAUGAUUCCAUAUCCAGUACCUUCUAGACCGUGGCAAGUGAUUGGAACUGAUCUGUUUGAAUUCCAAGGAAGAAACUAUCUUGUCACCACAGAUUACUAUUCAAAUUUCUUUGAAGUUGAUAGAUUGUAUAAUACAACAUCAAAAGAAGUUAUUUGUAGAUUGAAGGCUCACCUAGCCAGGCACGGUAUACCAGACAGAAUGGUAAGUGACAAUGGACCUCAGUUUACCUCGGAAGAAUUCAGACAAUUCGCCGAUGCUUAUGAGUUUCAACAUGGUACGAGUUCGCCUGAUUAUCCACAGUCGAAUGGAAAGUCUGAGAACGCUGUAAAAACUGCAAAACGAAUAAUGGAGAAGGCGUUGGCAGUUGGAGCAGAUCCCUACCUAGGAUUCCUGGAUUUCCGAAAUACUCCAACUGAAGGUUUGGAUACGUCACCGGUGCAGCGUCUGUUUGGUCGUCGGACAAAAACACUCCUACCCACAUCCAGUAGAUUACUGUCGAUGAGAAAGGACGAUUCGAGUACGGAGCGAAAGUUGAACGAUAGGAAAAGAAAACAAAUGUUUUACUAUAACAAAGCGUCGAAGAGUUUAAAGCCGUUAAAGGAAGGAGAUACAGUGUUCGUGAGACCGGCGAGGAGAUCGAAAGAGUGGAAGCGAGCUACUGUCAACAAAGCAGUGGGAAUUAGGUCAUAUGGGGUAACUACGGAGCAGAGAAGCAAGAUAAGAAGAAAUCGGAGACAUCUGCGUUUAGCCAGCAAUGAACAGUCUCCGUCAAAUACAGUUAGUGCGAAAGAUAUCGGGGUGUACGUAGAUCCGCCUAGACCAUUGAUAACGGACAGUAAUCAGAGAGAUCAGCCUGAUGUCGGAGAAACGAGAACAACGAUGGACAAUUCAAGACCAUUGACAACCGACAGUAAUCAGAUAGACCAGCCUGAUGUCGGAGAAACGAGAACAGAGAUUGAUGAUUCAAACGACAGUACCCGGGUAUCCCAGUCUAGGAACAUGCAGUCCCCCAUACGGUAUAGUUCGAGAGGGCGUGUUUUAAGAAAACCUGUUUACUUAAAGGAUUAUGACUACUAAAAGACAGAUGAACUUUUAAUUAAAUUAGUGACUGUUUACUAUUAAAAUUUAGUAAUUAGAACUUGACAAUAACUUGUUGGUGGACUUUAAGAAAUUUAGCUAUCCAAUUGUUAGCACAAAAAAAAAUAUAGAGUAAAGUGUAGUUAGGAUUUAAUUAUAGGAUUUAUUAAUUAACGAUAUAGUUAAUAUUGUGUAAAAGAACGGAGAUGUGUCGGUAUUUGUAUUAGCAUUUCACAAGACAAUUAGCAUACCAUAGAAUAUGUAAUUAUGUAUAAAGGGCUGUCUCAUGAUUAAGUCAGCAUCAUUUGGAAUGCUUACUUGUACGAAGAUAGACCGGUUUUACUGUUAGAUAUAUCUUAAUAAAACAUUCUUAUAAACCACGACGUCACAUUUGUGGGCGUGGGUUCGAAUCCCACACCUGACACCAUGUAACGUCGUGGUUUAUAAGAAUGUUUUAUUAAGAUAUAUCUAACAGUAAAACCGGUCUAUCUUCGUACAAGUAUGCAUUCCAAAUGAUGCUGGCUUAAUCAUGAGACAGCCCUUUAUACAUAAUUACAUAUUCUAUGGUAUGCUAAUUGUCUUGUGAAAUGCUAAUACAAAUACCGACACAGCUUAAUCCCAGAUCCAUGCAUGUGCAGAAUUGUGGUCCAUAGAUUAUAUUGACCUAAUUCCUGAAGCCCAACGCGUGUAUUAUCACCUGGGGGGAGGCAGCAUGGGCAUCGUCGUAACCAAAAUCCAAAAGGAAAAUACCUAACAACAUAUAUCCGGACUUUUUGGCAUCUCAUUCGACUGAAUGUUGGAGGAAUUUCAUAUUAUAAUAACGAAAGUAUAUUCAUGAGGUUUGAAAUAAUCUGUGUAUUUAAAUUUUAAAACAUGUUAAAACAUCCAAUAAAACAUAUUAAGAAAAAUAGGUACGCAAUGCGUACAUGUGGCUAGCCUGGUAAACUUUAACUCCCCAAACCCUCCUCCAAACCCAGAAAGCCUGCCAUGCUGGUUAACUUUAAAUUUAAUAGUAAUAAGAAGACACACCACGAUGGUCGGAAUGCGCAAAUUUUCUGCCACUUGUGCAGGCUCAUUUUGUCAGUUGAGUUUCACGGUACACUUGAAAAAUACCGUGUCAUAUCUCGUCUCUUCCCAUGUAAAUAGCGAAUCAUGAAUAACACUUGAAUAAACACAAAUAUGUCAAUUUGCGCGCUAGGCUUUUGAAUAUAACGAUUGUAAAAAGUUUCCGUGUGAUCUAUUAGCAAUUUAAAAGAUAUAAUGCAAUAUUACUAAACUGUAAUACUGCCAUAUUUAUUUAAUCUCGCGUUUGUUAUUUGCGCAACAGCAGUUUUGCCAUGGAAUUAAAAUUGCGUGUCAUAUGAUAUUUUAAUAGGCAAAUAGCGUUUGAGAUAUAGCAAUAUUAGCAAACAAACACACUGAAAUAUUGGUUAGCACACCAACGUUUGCCACUUUUAAUGCAAUAUUAGUCAACUUAUAAGAGAACGUGAGACAAAUCAUGCUGAAUUAUUCGACUAUAUAACUCCUAAGACAGACGCAAUAACCUUUAUAGGUUUAUUACAAAUAUGUAGAUAAACUGUAAUACUGCCAUAUUUAUUUAAUCUCGCGUUUGUUAUUUGCGCAACAGCAGUUUUGCCGUGGAAUUAAAAUUGCGUGUCAUAUGAUAUUUUAAUAGGCAAAUAGCGUUUGAGAUAUAGGCCUAGCAAUAUUAGCAAACAAACACACUGAAAUCUUGGUUAGCACACCAACGUUUGCCACUUUUAAUGCAAUAUUAGUCAACUUAUAAGAGAACGUGAGACAAAUCAUGCUGAAUUAUUCGACUAUAUAACUCCUAAGACAGACGCAAUAACCUUUAUAGGUUUAUUACAAAUAUGUAGACAUUUGAGACGCCGUCAAUGUCUGAAGAAAGGUAUACUUAAAGCCUUUAAAUAAACGAGUUCGAUGUUACGAUGUACAGUUUCUGGUCUUUUACCAUAAUUAUCCAAUGCUGGUUUUAUUCGCUGCAUUAUAAACGUACCUCCUCCAAACAAUACCCCUUCUUUAAAAUACCAAACAUUUCGAAUGCAAUUGAGAUAUGAAAUCUCAACAAGAAGACAAUUCAAGAUGGCAAAUGGCCCGCAAAUCAGUCAAAAGUGCAAAUCAAAACCCAUAUUUACACGGCGAGUACGCGCAAUUUCUGAUCGGUUUCGUCACCAUAGGUUGAAGCCAUGAAGAUAAACUUUAUUUUAAUUUUCUGGUUUAACAACCUCACCAGUACUGCGUCGUAACAAACUAACAACAUCACUAGUAUUGCCUCGAAAUGCAAAUGUGAAAUGUCGGCAGAAAAAUACGGGCGCUUCCGAUUGCUCCCGAUACUUUACGAAAAUCCGGACUGGACACCAUGAUCAUCAUCGCUCAUCGCGUUUGUGUAGUGUGUACUAUGUGAUAAUGGCUAGCCCGCAAACGGGCUAGCCACAAAAACCAUGCACGUUUCAAAAAGACAAGCGUUAAGCCUGGUUUCGAUAUGGUCGUAACAAUCGUAAAGAUUGAGUCACGAUCUUUCUCAUCAGCCGAAAUACAACAUUUGAGAACUGAAAAUACGCGGAGUGAUUAUAACUAUAGAGUAUAAUUAUGAUUUAUAUAUGUGGUUUACAGGUAUAAACUAUUAUAAGCUGGCCGUCGAGAAAGAUCGUGACUCUAUUUUUACAACCAUUACGACCAUAUGGAAACCAGGCUUUACUGGAUUUCUAUUACUCACUUUGUUUUGAAUUUGCAAUACAGACUACAGCAACGUUCAUGUGGUGACUUUCUUCGGGGCUGUGUGUGAUUUGUAAUUGUGUGUGUAAAAUUGUCUUUGUGUAGUAUUAGCAUUUUCAUCCCAGGAAAUUAUAUUUCUGGCCCGGGAAGUCUCAGAUAAUUAGUUAUAAGGUAAUUCUGAAUUUUGACUGUGCAUCCAAAUGACGUUGCCGGGAUAAACUGCAGUUGAGUCAUAACAUGUAGCUGAGACUGGAAGCAUAUAUAUGUAUGCCAAAGUAUUGGACCGUUCAAUCAUUAUUUGUCAAUAACCCAUUACUGUAAGAAGGGAGCACUGGCACUCAUACUUUGUCUUGCGUGUAAAACAAGACAAAGAACCAUACACUUACAUAAUUUGAACCCCCACCCUUCCACAAGGGGGGAGGAGAAAAAAACAAUCUCAAAUAGACAAAAAAGGGAGAUGAAAACCGUUUGGUAAUAAUAAUUUAAUUCGCCACCAACACCAUUUACUUAAUUCAAGAACAUAACUGGGGUUACUGAAAAGGGGUGGGUUGGUUUAUAAAACGGGGUAUAUGAGCAAAAAACUGUCAUGACAAUUAACCCAUCAAAUUUCGCUCUCUGAAACAGUUGUCAUAAAAGGGCAAUUUGAAAAAUUUUGGAAAGGGGGGUGGGUGCGGGCAUUGGUACAAGGGCAGAUAUAAUCUAAAAAUGGGGAUAAAACCCUUUCUGUUACAGUACUUUUACUAAAACCCUUUCUGUUACAGUACUUUUACUUAAAGGGAUACAGUACUUUUCUAAUUUAAAGCAAAACAACCAUGCAGAAACAAAUUGUUUUCUGAGCAACUUUUUGCAUAUAAUGUAUGUAUUCAAAUGAUGAUUGAACAGUUGAAUACUUUCAUAUGCACACUGUAUUCGAAUUUUGGCAGUCUCGGCUACAUGUUAUAUUUUAACUGCAAUUUAUCCCAAUGCAGAAUAUGUCAUUUGGAUGUGCAGUCAACACUCGGUAUUGGCUUAUUUAAUUGCUGGCACUGGGCUAUUCCAUUUAAAAUACAUACUGCUGUCUGCAUCCCCUCCCCCAUUGACUGGAUUAACCCCUAAAGACUUCAGCGUUUGCCCCUGAAGAAUUUCAAAUGAGGAAAUUGCAUUGAAAUGGCAAUAUAUAGAAAAUAAAAUAUCAACAUUGGACAUAAAAUCUGUCAAAAUUGUGAUGGUGACAUUCAUCCCAUCCUGACAGGGCCCCUUCAUAUUUUCUCAUAAUAACUAUAAGCACUUCAGUAUAGAAGACUCAAAACUUAAGUGGAACGGUGACCUUGAACCGCUUAAGUGUUUUAUUGCGAACGAAUUUAACCUAUCUGGAAAAUGGUCUUCCCCUGGCGGCGAGGUGAAGCUGUUUACGAACGAGAAUGAAGUUUCCAGUGAGGAUGAGAUUGUCAAAAUUAAAUGGUACCAGAGUAAGAAAACCUUGUUGUUUGAAGGAUCUAGAGCUAAGCAUAUGGAACAGGAUAUCUACAGGAUAAAACAAUCAAACUCAAGCUUCAAGGAGGGAGAAACGUGCAACAGGUUUGAUACUUCAAAUUCAAAUUUGCAUAAUAACGAUAAAUUUGUUGAAGCGAUUAAUGACUUCAAGCUUCAAAUUCAACAGCUUAAGGGUGUUAUGGAACAAAACAAAACUGCCAUAGCUAACCUUGAAACCGUAUGUCAAUCCUCAUCGAAUAAUACUGCAUAUAUUGAACUACACACACUUAGAAAAGAAUACGAACUUAUUUGCUCUGAAAAUGCAAUUCUUAAGAAAGAAAACGCCGAAUACCUUGAACGCAUGAACAACUUAGUCUAUAUUACCUCUGAUUUAAAUACAAAAAUUAAAAUAUUUGAAGAGGAGAAGGCUAGCUUAGUAACCUCAGUGCGUCUCGUAAAUGAGGACAAACGGCAAUUAAUAAUUGAAGCUAAGCGCUUAGGAAAUGUUUACGAACCGGAACCGUCCUCUGAAGUCUCAAACCAAACAACGCAUUGCGAAAGCACACAAAAUGAAAACCCCAUCGGUAAUAAAGGUCAAAAUAUGCGAACGAUUGAUAAAUUGCAUACUACGAACAAUGGGAUUAUUCCAAUCAAGGUGAACAAUGGGGGUGAGUGCAAUGUAAACGAGGGCGAGACUAAUGACCCUGUUAUCCUGGUAAACCUCAUUGAAACUGAUAAUGCAAUCCAAAGCAUAAGCAUGGUAAUAAUCCCAUUGUGUCAGCAGAAGUUGCAACCUCUAUUAAAUACGAUAAUAAACAAGUAAGAAACAACAAUCAACCCACUUUUGCGGAGGUAGUGACAUCUAGCCCUGCAUUUAAUACCUGCAACACACUUGAAAAAUCUCCUACCAACAAAUCCCAAAACAAUUCUCUGCAAAUAAUCAAUGAUCCAUCUAGUGACUUUGCUGACGGGUUUAUUGGUGUUGACCGGAGACGUAACAGAGUUAAGAAAUUCCUGUUAAGCGGGAUAGCUGAAAACGUAAAAGAAUGUCAAAUUGUUUCCUAUCUGAAACAACGGAAUAUAACACCUACAUAUAUUUCCGUUUUUCCAAGCAAAAGAAAAGGUACGACAUCGGCUAAAAUCCAUUUUCGUUCGGCCGAUUGUUCGUUAGUGCAACAACAAAAUUUCUGGCCUCAGUUUGUCAACUGCAAGAUUUGGCAAUCAAAAGGAGAAAUUAGAUCUAAUAUUACCCAUAACGGGAAGUUCUCAACUUAUGUAUAAUGGAGCAAAUAGAAGUCAGAGUUUCGUCACGUAAUUUUGGUUGCCGUGUGAGGCAAAGAAGGCGUACAGAAACGCGAGGUGUCAAUUAUAACAAUCUAACGCGUAUUAGAUGCACAAAUAAUUAUAAUGAAAAAAACAAAAAACAAAAUAAAGCUAUACUCCCGAGAAUUUGCUGCUUGAACGCACGCUCAAUUAAUGGAAAGGUUGAUGAACUUGCAGCAUUUAUGUCCGUCAACAAAGUUCAUAUAGCCGCAAUUACGGAGUCUUGGUUGACUGAUGAGAUAGGGGACGAUCAAAUAUCGAUUGGUGGUUAUGUAAUUCAUCGUAAGGACCGGACACAUGGCCGUGGGGGUGGGGUUUGCGUUUAUGUGUCUCAGCAGAUAUCCAUUACGCGAUACUUGGAAUUAGAAGAUUUAAAUCUAGAGUGUAUGUGGUUGUGGGCUCGACCACCACGCCUACCGAGACCGCUAUCUGCAAUCGCAGUAUGUGUAGUGUAUAAUCCACCGGACAAAAGUGUGCAAGAACAGAGGGAACUUUGCGAUUACCUUGUGUCCUCUAUUGAUACUAUACGCUCUAAAUACCCUGAUUGUGGUAUAGUCGUUUUAGGCGAUUUUAAUCGUCUCAAUAUACAGGAUUUAGUUACAAGUCACAACCUUAAGCAAGUCGUCACGCGUCCGACUAGACAAGAUUCAAUCUUAGACUAUAUUAUUACGAACUUGAAAUCCUUUUACAAAACACCGGAUAUUUCUGCUCCACUUGGAACAUCGGACCAUAAAGUAAUCAUGUGGAUCCCAAAAGACAUUUUUAAGGAUAAUAAUAAUACGUGUACAAAGCGCACUGUGCGUCGAUAUCCUCAGUCAGGUUUGAAUGGUUUUGGUUUAUGGUCAACCAGGAAUAAAUGGUUUAGUGGACUCGGACUCAAUCCAUCGUCGGAUGAGUUAGCGUCAUCUUUUACCAAUGAUCUGAACACUGCAUUCGAUCAUUUUUUCCCAGUGAACACAAUCAAAUUUCAUCCCACGGACAAACCAUGGAUUACUGGGCACAUAAAGCAACUUAUUAAAGAACGCCAACGUGCUUUCCACACUGGCGACGCGCAAUUGUGGCGCCAUUACAGACGGAAGGUCCAGAUAGAGAUUAAAACUAGGAAAAAUAAUUUCUAUACCCAAAAAAUCCAUAACUUGCGAAAAGACGAUGUCCGUCAAUGGUGGCACACUAUUAACACAAUGUCAGGUAGAGCGAAAAGUCAACCUCAGUUUACAAUUGAGCGUGACGGACAGUUAUUAUCGGAAGGUGAACUGGCAGAGUCUCUAAAUGAUUAUUUCGUAAGUGUAGCAAGUGAUAUCCCACCACUUGAUAUUUCAAGCCUUCCAACAUUCUUACCAGCUGCGGUGCCGCCUCCUACAAUUUAUCCUCAUGAGGUUUGUAGUAAGCUCUUAAAACUUCAGACUAAUAAGGCUAUGGGCCCGGACAGUAUUCCAUCACGAAUUUUAAAAGAGUUCGCCUACGAACUUGCUGAGCCAGUUACAUCAAUAUUUAAUACAUCUUUGUCCUCUGGACUAGUACCUGUUUUAUGGAAAGAUUCUCCCAUCAUACCCAUUCCUAAAGCGAAACAAACCCAGGUUGAGAGCGAUACCCGCCCCAUCGCACUUACCCCUGUGUUAUCGAAAGUACUCGAAGACUUUGUGGUUAGUUGGAUGGUUGAGGACAUAGGUGGACAAAUCGAUAAUCGUCAGUAUGGCAGCCUGAAGGGAACAUCUACCACCCUCUGCCUUCUAGAUCUUAUCCACAACUGGCUUUCUAAAAUGGACAACCCAGGUCAUUACCUUAGAGCUUGCUUUCUGGACUUUAGCAAAGCUUUCGAUAGAAUAGACCACAAUAUUGUUAUAACAAAAUUGAUCGAUUUGGGAGUGCGCCGUUCAAUAAUCCCUUGGAUUUGUAGCUUCCUUUCAAAUCGCCGCCAGUGUGUUAAGCUGGGACAGUGCGUGUCCCGAUGGCUUUCAACUAGUGCUGGGGUCCCACAGGGUGCCAAAUUGGGUCCAAUCCUUUUUGUCAUAAUGAUUAAUGAUUUGAAAAUAGUAUCCCCGCGUUCCAGUAAUUGGAAGUACGUAGACGACGUGACGAUAUCUGAGAUUGUUCCAACAAGGGAGGUAUCUAUACUACAAAACGAAUUGGACGCAAUUGGUAAUUGGACAAGUACCAAUAAUAUGAAAUUAAACCCCAAAAAGUGUAAAGAGAUGAUUGUCUCCUUUCGACGAGAUAUUGAGCAGCCACCACCCACCUUAGUUGUUGAAACCAUUAGUCUUGAAAGAAUAGAAUCCCACAAAGUAUUAGGUUUAACGAUCCAGAAUAAUCUGAAGUGGGAUUUGCAUAUCAGUGAGAUAGUAACCAAAGCAUCAAAAAGACUACACAUCUUACGAGUUCUCAAGCGCGGUGGAGUUUCACCGUUUCAUUUACUACGAGUACAUUUUGCACUUAUUAGAUCCCUGCUUGAGUACUGCUGUCCGGUAUGGCAUUCAUCAUUGACCAUUAACUUGUCAGAUAAAAUUGAACGGGUCCAGAAGCGCACAAUGCGAAUAAUCUACCACACAUUAAGCUAUGACGCUGCUCUGGACCAAGCUAAAUGUUCGACAUUACGCGCAAGACGUGAUGGUUUGUGCAUAAAAACUUUUGACAAAAUCAGACAGCCCGAUUCACGCCUUAAUCAUUUAAUACCACCUUCUCGGGCCAAUGGACACAAUUGUAAUUUAAGGUACGGAAAUAGAUUAACACUGUUUCCUUGUAAGACGGAGCGCUUUAAGAAAAGCUUUUUUCCUACUAUGUGUAUUCAAUCACAUAAUUUAUAAAUUUUGUAAAUUUAAAAGUUCUUUCGAUAUUAAUUCAUAGAUCAGUAAACUAUUGUUGUAAUAUAAUGCCAGUAACACAAGGUACUUUUUAAUAUUUUUAACUAAAGUUUGUAAAUAAUUUCGCAAUUCGCUUUAAUCGAGCGCGACGAUUUUAUAGUAAACCAUUAAUAAUAAUAACAUUUGGUGAUAUUUACGCAAAAUCUUGAUAUUGUUGCAAAUGAUUUGAAUUCAUGUAUAAUUGUUAUUUUUCAAUAACAAUUUAUUGGCCAUAUACAAAUUCAUUGUGAUAUCCGCCAUGUUGAAACUGCGACAAUUCAGGACAGAGCCGUUCAGCUUCAAAUCUGACAAAAAAAUGAAAGAUAUACAAUAGACCUAUAGGUUUAAUUCAAUUCAAUAUCAUAUCCCGUUUCGGCCAUGCAAAAGUUGCCGAAAGAAAGGUUUUGAUAUAUGCGAUAAAUAAUAGUAAACUUCAUUUCAAGAUUGUUUUUCUAAUUAUAAGAAUAUUAUUCUAGGAUGGAAAAAUGUUAUUCUUAAAAUAAGAAAAAAAUUCUCUCCAAUAUUUUUAUUGCCUAGUUAUAUUUUCUUAUUUUAAGAUUUUUGUUCUUAAAACUAGAUUUUUUUCCUGAAAUAUUUCUUGAUAAGAAAUAUUUACUUAAAAUAAGAAAAGUAAUUUAAAAAAUAAGAAUAUUAUUCUAGACUAGAAUUCGAUUUUUUGCAGUGUGGGCAGUUAUUAGUGUUAAUCGAUCUCACCCACGAUCGUUUUCUAUUCCGCUCUUCGGCUAGGCACUACGUUCGUAAACUAUGGAUUUUCACAUCAAGGCAUUCCUUUACGGCCACUGAAUCCCUCCUCGUCUCACGUGCGGUCAACUGAUCUUGGUUAAACUUUAUCAUGCGCUUCAGAUUAGAUAUUGAAUUAACUUUGGGAACGUUUCCCAUUUUCCGUCUCAGUGAAGACCUCUGUUCUCUUGAUUUGCUUCGCUUUGCGGGAUAACAGAAUAACAAACUUUAAUAUAUAUAUCGUUCACCGUUUAGCAUUUUAGCUUCGCACAACAAUCCCUCUCGCUGCUGGUUUCGUUUCACGGCUGUAUCGGAUGAACGAGGCAUGAUAGUUCCUUUGCUUACAACAGUAAAGCACUGUCCACUUCCUUUAUACUUAUGUCCUUACUUGGUCACACAGUGGGCAAAUAUUUUCACGAUACGUUUGUUCGCCACCACAGUAACCCAACUAAAUAUAUUACAUUUAUUGUAUUUUAUGAUUUAUGAUAAAAAUAAUAAAUAUAAUAUAUAUUUUGUUGGGUUGCUGUGGUGGCGAACAAACAUUUCGUAAAAAUAUUCGCCCCCUCUCCCCUGUCAAGUAGCCCACGAGGAGUUUUCGCGAAGAUUGCGCGUGACUUUCAAAUUAUUUUUAAACUUGUGUACUUGAUUCUGAUCCUAAAUGUGUUAUGGGAGGUUUUCCUUUCAAGUGCAACUAAUGUUUUCAAUUUUUCGAUUGGGACUAUUCUACAAUGAGAUACAUGUACUCUUGGAUACUGUAAUCUAAAUACAUAUGAAGGCGAAGAAGUGACAUUUCUCGGGCAGAAAGUGCCGAGCCAUUGCAAUGACAGCAUAUUUGACAAAAUAUCGAGGGGCACAAUAUCGAACGACGUGUUUUGGUGAGGAGUAAGUGAACUAAAAUGUAUUAUAUUUAAACAAAACAAUGACAAUCCUUAUAAAAUCUACAAUAAUUAUAUUAAAUUAAACAUAUUUUUUCAUCCCAUGAUAAAUUUUUUAGGAAAUAAGAAAAUUCAAUCUCUGCCGGGUAUAUUGUUUAUUUCAUGCAUACACUGUUAAUUUCAAAUAACACCAUAAGUGGUGUUACGAAUUUGUAUUCCCCAGUGUUAAAUUAGCACUGUUUGUGGAGUGAGAACAUGAGGUGUUAAAAUAACACCUUUUUGGUGGUGUUAAAUUUAGCACGCAGCACGAGUGUUAAAAUAGCACCUUUUUGGUAAAGGUGUUAUUUUAGCACCCUUUUUCGGUGCUAAUUUAACACGACAUAAAUAAAAAUAUUUUGCAAAGUGUUAAUUUAACACUCAAAUUGUUUAACACCACUUUAGAGGUGUUAAAAUAACACCCACUUAAGGACAGGUGGUGUUAAAAUAACACCGGUUUCUGGUGCUAAAUUCUUGGUGUUAAAAUAACACCAUAAGUGGUGUUAAGAAUUUGUAUUCCCCAGUGUUAAAUUAGCACUGUUUGUGGAGUUAGAACAUGGGUGUUAAAAUAACACCUUUUUGGUGGUGUUAAAUUAGCACGCAGCACGAGUGUUAAAAUAGCACCUUUUUGGUGGUGUUAAAUUAGCACUGAGCACGGGUGUUAAAAUAGCACCUUUUUGGUGGUGUUAAAACUGUUCGUGCAGUUAGAAUAACAUAUAUUCUUAAACUAAAUUACAGGUAUUUCGCCAAAUUAAUUAAUUGGCAAAUAUUUAUCCGAAUAUUAUUUACUGUUAGCAUGAAACAGCCGCAUAUUAAUUUACUGGCAAAUUAUAAGCCAUUUCACAAAUGAAACAUUUGAAUUCAGAAGUUAAUACUUUUAGACAUAUAAAUAAUAAAUUAACAGAAAUAGUUCCCAUGUCACAUGCAUGUGUCCAUGUAUGUUUAUGCAUUUCAUCAUACAGAUUGGAAACUGGCAAAAUUGGACCUCAAAAUAUCGCAUUUCAAAUAUCAUAACACGCUAUAAUUUGCAGCAGUAGCAACACAAUAUGAAGAUAACACACAAUGAAGCCGAAAUAUUUGAAUAUUCGCGCGCCGCAUGAUCGAGCUUUCAACCAAUGAGGAUAGCGCCGCCGUGAAAUCUAAUACCUUCUUCUCACAUCAAUACUGGCAUUUAUAUAGUUUGUGGUCGUUUGUAUGGGAAUAUAUCUGCUAUUGUGGUGCGAGGGUUCUAUUAGGAUUGCUUCUAAGUGUCAGUGCGAUGGAAGCGAUACAAACUGAUUAAAAUGGCUUUAGUAUAUUCAUAUUUCAAGCAUAAAGAUGGCUUUAAAACAGUGUGAGGAAGAAGCGAGCAAGGUUGCUGUUUGUAUUUGAAUGACAAAGGUCUGGCCGCCAAUGCAAUUCAAAACGUGUGGUUCACAGCGUCAAUGCUUUAGAAUUAGUUCGCCUGUAACUUCAAAGAUGUGAUAAACGUCGAAAGGAAUAAGGUGAGUUAUUAUAAUACUGCGAGAAUUAUAGUGAUUGUUGUCUGCGAUUGUCGUAUUUAUAAUACGACCGCCAUUAUGCUGAGGCUAUUCUCAUUGCCAUUGCAGUCUCAGUUAAGAAAACUUGCGCGCGUUUUGAUUUACAAGUACUGUAGUUUUGUCUGAUUUAUCUUGCGUUUACUGCUUUCAUUUCAAUUAUAAAGACAAGUAUUUUAGAACCUGAGAUGGAAAAUCGGGAAAUGGCUGUUAAAUGCCCAACCUCAACUAUAUCAUAUACAUAUAGGAAUGCAAGAUUUUGUGCAUUCUAUUCAAAUUACGCACAACAACACAGACCAACAAUACUUUAUUCAUUAAAUUUCAAUGGCAAACCGAAACGGUAAUGUUUUAUAUUGAUUACUGAACGAUGGAAUUUAUUUUAUUAAUACUGUCUGUGAGAUGAGAUACAGUAUACACUACACAGCUGGACCUGAGCUGGUGUUUCAUGAAUAUUUUUGCCAACUCGAAUUUUAUAUUUGAUUUUUAACCAUUAAUUUAAGCUGCAAUGUUCCCAAAUAUACCUUAUUUUAUUGUUUUAUUCUGGCUAACGCAGACAAUUUUUAUCUAAUUUGCCAAGGGGAUCUUAUACCGUAAACCUCCGACUAUAAGCCCUGGGCUUAUAUACUUUCGUAAGCGAUUUUUGAUGGGCUUAUACAAGGGGGGGGGGUUAUAUAUGCGGGGGGCUAAUACAUGGAUGAUCUUUUGUGUUAGUAAUAAACAAAUCAGACAUAAACAAGUCAGUCAUAAACAGGAAAAUAUACAUCCAUUAAUAACAUGCUUUGAUUAACAUAACAUAUAGUCGGCUAUAAAGACAAUGACAAUGUUUUUAAAUAUCGUUCUCUGCUAUAUUAAAAGACAAUGAAAAUGUUGAAUAACGUAGUGUGCUACUGGGCUUAUAUUCGGGGACUUAUAUUUGGGGGGCUUAUAUUUGGGUGUGCUUAUGUUCAGGGGGGGCUUAUAUUUGGAAUGAAUUGAGCGUUAGUAUAUGUGGUGGGCUUAUAUUCGGGGGGGCUUAUAGUCGGGGGGGGGGCUUAUAGCCGGAGGUUUACGGUAUAAUGACAGAGAUAAUUUUACCUAUCAUUGGGCUAUCAAUGGGAGAGUCCUGAGUAUUAAUAUUUAAGAGUGAAAAUAUUGAUUAUGAUAUAAUGUUCACAUUAUAAAAUCCCCAAACAUAAUUCUCUUUCUCGACCAUGUCAAAAGAUACACUAAACCUAAUAAGUUCUUAUUGCAACAGAUUCUCAUUUUAAAGUAGACGAUGGCUUCCCUGUUAGAUACUGUACUCCUUUUGAAAAAUAUUAAUUGCUACAUGUAGUGUUAAGGUGAGAUGGCACACCUCUUAUCCGUCCUGGACAAAUGACCCAUUUGACACUUGGUAACAUUAUAAUGAAGUAGUUUUUCAUUCUUGAAAUGGCGAUGUAUUGACAUGAAUUUUCAAUGUUAAUUAACACUAUAAUGGGGGUAAUUUUUCUUUCUUAAAAUGGCAAUGUAUCGAUAUGAUUUUUCAAUGGCAAAAUGCAAUUGGACUGUACGGGCCAGUCUGUACCAGUGACUAAUUAUAUAGUUAAGCUAGGUGACACUUGCUCGAUGGCUUCCCUGUUAGAUACUUGGCUACUCUCUGUUAUAUACUGUGCAUACUCCUUUUGAAGUAAUUAAAAUUGCUACAUGUAGUGUUAAUUAAGGUGAGAUGGCACAUCUCUUAUCCUACAUCAUUGCAUGUGAUCAAUGCUUAUUUGUCUCAACAAAGAGAUGGUUUGCGCUCUAGCUAGCUAUCUCCUUGACAAUUAGAUAACGUCCUGGACAAAUGACCCAUUUGACACGGGUAACAUUAUAAUGAAGUAGUUUUUCAUUCUUGAAAUGGCGAUGUAUUGACAUGAUUUUUCAAUGGCAAAAUGGAAUUGAACUGUAACAGUGAUUAAUUAUAUAGUUAAGGGACACUUGCUCAAUGGCUACCCUCUGUUAUAUACUGUGCAUACUCCUUUUGAAGUAAUUAAAAUUGCUACAUGUAGUGUUAAUUAAGGUGAGAUGGCACAUCUCUUAUCCUAUCAUUGCAUGUGAUCAAUGCUUAUUUGUCUCAACAAAGAGAUGGUUUGCGCUCUAGCUAGCUAUCUCCUUGACAAUUAGAUAACGAGUAGCGUAAAGCCAAUCAGAAUACAGCAUUUGCAUUAGAACUUGACAACAUUUAAAAUUACUAAAUAUAUAUACUGUAUAGACUAAUGUGAAAAUGAAUACUUUUAGCAUGACGACCCCAUUGUCCAUUGAUGAAGAAGUGAGGAAAUCAACCUAUAGCUAUCCUUCAAUCUUGGCAUCAGGUGACAUUGCAUCCUUGGACCCAUUGUACAUUGCUGCCGUGGGGCAAAUUUACUUGCGUUUUGCUGGUAAAAAUAUUCCACAUACUUAUUGCUACAUUCCAUGUUCUAAAUAUGGAAUACACUCCAGGUGUUUCGAGUGUUUAUGCAUCUCUAGAAUUUAGAAGCUGUCACCUUAAACCGCCCUGCUGAUGCCGAGAACAAAAUUUCUGUACAACAACUUUUAAGUGAGCUUGGACUCUGAAAUUAAUCGUGAUAAAUACUUAGUUCAUAUAUAAAAUUCAUGCAUGUUAAAGGUAUUUCUUGUCAGCGAGUAAUUUAUAAUAAUAACCAAUUUUGAACCUAUAUUUCUCUUUUGUGUGUGUCUUAAUGUGCCUGGUUGAAAGUGUUAAAUCAACACCUUAAAUCUGGUGUUAUUUUAGCACCAGAUAGGAAGAGGUGUUGCUUUGGCACUGCCAAAUCAGGUGUUAUUUUAACGCCACACUAUAGGUGUUAAAUCAACUCUUAAAACUGGUGUCACUUUAGCACUUAAAAGUGGUGUUAGUUUAACACUAUAAACAGGUGUUAAAUUAACCCCAAAAACUAGUGCUAAUUUAACACUAAAAUGGGUGUUGUUUUAGCACCAUAACUAGUGUUAUUUUAACACUUUUUUAGUGGUGUUAAAAUAGCACCAAAAAGUAGUGUUAUUUUUUACCUAAUUUUUUAACACCACUUUUUGGUGUUAUUUUAACACCCUAAAAUUAACAGUGUAUACAAAGCCGAAGUGACAACCAGCACUGCCAACAACCAGGAAAAGAAAAUAUACAUUGGCAUGACGGCGGGCGAUUUCAAAACAAGAUACCGCAAUCACACUAAGUCUUUCCGACAUGAGGAAUACAAGAGCAACACCGAACUGUCCAAGUACGUCUGGAAACUGAAGUCAGAAAAAAGUCAGUAUACAAUAAAGUGGUCCAUUAUGAAGAAAGUCAAAGCAUACAAACCAGGAUCUAAACGGUGUAAUUUAUGCCUCGAGGAGAAAUUACUUAUUAUGAAAGCCAAGAAAACUGAAUGCCUGAACAAACGCUCUGACUUGUUUUCCAAAUGUAGACAUGUAACCAGACACCUGCUUAAUCAAGUUGUAAAAUGAUAACCUAUAUUUAUUAUGAAUAUUGAAUAAUAUCUGUCAGUUGCCUGAUGAUCGCGUAAAGCGUGAAACUCAGAGUAGCGACGCAAACAUUCAAACCUUGACUGAAUUAUAUAUAUAUAUAUAUAUAUAUAUAUAUAUAUAUAUAUAUAUAUAUAUAUAUAUAUAUAUAUAUAUAUAUAUAUAUACAUAUAUAUAUAUAUAUAUAUAUAUAUAUAUAUAGUCGCUGCGUUACCCAAAUUUGCACUAAUUUGUGCAAAGGUAACGCAGCGACUUAUGGGAUAUAUACCCCUGGUGCCCACUGCACGCCGGGAAUUUUACCCUUUGCGUAGCAUUACACAUUCAGACCGGGCUAGUUUUCUCAUGUGCUGGGCAACUUGCAUCUAUAUACCAAAUUAAUGUCCGUCUUUUCCUUGGACAGUUUGCAUUAUCCAUCUCUAUCUAAAAGCAGGAUGUCCGAAAAUAUGCAAAUUUGCUUACGUGCAGUGUCAUAUUGCUCAUCGCAUGCAGUAAAGGCAGAUUGGUUCCAAGUCGAAAUUAUCUUUUAAAUUAACUUUAUUUUUCUAUAUACGAAUCGUAUCAAUCUUAAUUUUUACACUAACUGUUUACUACAAUCCUAGACAAAACCACUCGGACAAGCACAUGGAAAAGGCGCCUUAAAUUCAAAUGUCUGAAUAUAAUUGCAAAUACUCAUCCCCCCACCCUUAGAACAAUGUUGAUGAGAUGGGAAUGUCUUCUGUGAUACAUACAUAAUAAAGUAAACAACAUUGUGCUGGGGGAACGGGGGUUAAGAGUUAUUUACAUCUUCUAAUAAAAAAAUACCUCGCAGCUAAGGUGACAAACUCAAUUUAGACCAAGUUGUCCGCAUGAGUUUUGUCUAUGAUUGUAGUUCGCCUAGCUAUAUAUAAGGCCAAUCUACAUAUUUAUGCACUAUUAAUAAUUGUCAUUGUUCACGCGAUAAUAAGGUUGCGAAAUAAGGCCAAGGUCUGGGAACGGCGUACGAAUGACUGUGCUUGUAUAAUGAACCACAUUGUUCUAUGUUCAGAAUAUAUAUACUCAAGAUCAUUUAUAUACGUCGAUUACUACCAAACAACGGUAAAAAUUGCCAUACCAAUCGAAAUUAAACGCAAUGCUAAAAUUAAAUACUAUAUCAAUAUCUACAUAUGCCUUAUCAAUGUUCGUUACGCAUGAUGAUAUAAACUAUUUUCUAAAACGUUCGCUCCUACAUUGAUUUGUUGCGAGUUUAUUGGAAGCCCGUAGAUUAUAAGUGAAAUAGUUUUCAAUUUGGAUUAGGUUAGAUAACAAUGAAAGCUGGAAAAGGACGUUUUUGUUAAAAAAGUUUGAACAUAUAAGGAUUCAUGUCUUGCAGCCAAGGUUGCAAGGUCAAACACUGGUAAAGCGUCGCUGUACGAAAGAGUUGGAUAAAUUAUUUUGAGAGUUAUUGAACGGACUCCUUCGAUAUCAUUCGUUGAAUAUUCAGGAAUGCUAUAUAGUGCCACAGUCGAGCAUCAUAGUACUCUACAACUAGUCUCACACAUGUGAUAUGAGAACAGAAAUCUAUAGUUGAUUAACUAGGCGGGAGUAAAUUUAAAUUUACUUUAAUCUAUAUAUGUGGAUGUAAAAUAUCGUAUACUUACCAAGGACCAAGAAGCAAAACCAACACAGCGACCAACAAUACUUUGAUAUUUUCACUCUCCGACAGUGAUAUUUUACAGCAAUUAGACGCGAACCCUUCUUUCCUGUUCCCGCUGAACACCAUGCAAUGAAGCAAUGCAAUAUUUCCUGCAGUUAUAAUUAUUUAAAUUUAUCCACAUACUUCACAAAAGGCAAGAUAAAAUUGCUUGUUGCUGUUCGUACGCAAUGUACACAAAAAUCUGCGUUGUGUUCAGUGUUUCAGAUACUACACACAGUGAUCGAGGAUGUGGUCAAAAUCCCAAAAUAUUAGUUCUGUUUCCAAAAAUUUUUCGCACUGGGUUAAACAAUCAGCACGUAAAUUGGCUGUCUCAAAUUCAUUCUGAAUUCAAGAGGAUCAAUUUAUUCCUAGAUCUCAAAGUUAAUAACCCUGAGAAGUGCUUACGCCAGACGUCUCAACUCUCACGCAUUCGGCGUGAGUCUCACGCAAUUCGCUUCACUCUGACGCUCUCACCGUCGCAACGUUUAUUAAAUCUCACGCAUAUAGCAGUUUCAUAGUAUUUUUUUCAAUAAAUAUAUACCGGUAUAAUAUUGUAUUCUUAAAUGCACAUUAUUAAUCAUUAUACAGAUCAGGAAUCGAAUACAUAAUCGCGUGUUAUUGUUCCUGCAUAUAUAAUAACAACAAAGAUGUCAAUAAAUAAAGAUGUCAAUACGGCCCGACAUUAUGCAUGCUUUUGCCUGCAAAUUUGGAUACAAAAUAGUACGCAUGUGUAAAUACGGCGGACAAAAGGCAGAAUCAGUCAGAGCAGAAUUCUAUAUGUAAAUUAUCAAAGGCAAAUUAAAGCUGAUUACUGUAUGUCACAGAAAUACAGUACUAGUUAUUGUAACUAAAGUGCCUUGUCUUAAAGGACGUUAUGAAGCAAUCAGUAUUUCAUUAAAAAACACCAACUCCCAUAAUGUACGAAAUGCCAUUUCAGACCCCCGGACUUUUACAAAGGUGUCAUCCACAUCCCCAAUCUCACUCUUAACUUCUCUGCAAAGUUGAGAGGUCUGGCUUACGCGCCUCACGCAAUUUUCAAUCCAUCAAAACAUUAGGUAUAUGCAAUGCCUAUAGGAUACAUGUAAGUCAAAUACCCAUUGUCUGACAGUGAUGUGACGCUCUGACUUCUAGGUAAAUUUGGCAAAAUGCUGAUGACACAAAGUGCUACCGUUCAGUGAAGGAGAUAUCCGACUGUGAUGAUCUGCAGAAUGAUCUGGACAAUGUCGCAAGGUGGUGCAAUGAUUGGAAGAUGGGUGAAGAUAUUAUUUUGCAUGAUACAAAAUAUGAACUUCACUUGUUUUGAUUGAUUGACAUCUUUAUUUAAAACACGAGGUCCAUUUCACAGGAUAUGUUAUGUGCUCUUCAAUGGAGACGUGUACCUAUACUAGUAGACUAAUUACUAAUAAUUAAAAAGGUAUCAACUAUUUACAAAAGUAACAAACUACACAUGCAAAGAAACUAAUAUAAAAGAAAUAUUAAGAUAUUUUAGAUUUAAACUCAGCGAAAGAUUGAACUCUAGUGAGUUCGACGGAUAUGUCAUUCCAUAGGGUAGCUCCUCUAUAGGAAAAACGUUUCUUCAAAGGAUUCCGUUAAGGGUCUUGGUACAAAAAGUUUAUGAUUAGAUCCACGCACACUAUAUUCGUGUAUCAUUGACGUGGAAGUAAAUUUUCCAGACAAGUAACUAGGAACCAUAUUAUUAGCAGUUUUAUACAUAAAAGUUUUGAACUGUUGGGUACGUCUGGUUUCAAGGUUAGUCCGAUUCAAUGAUGUUAAAAUAUCUGAUGACCGGAUGUUAUAAUCAGAUUCAGUAAUAAUUCUUGCAGCCCUAUUCUGUAAUCGCUGUAACUUUUGUCCAAGACCCUUACCUAGGCUAUCCCAGACAAUACUACAAUAAUCAAAUAAUUCAAACGUAGUGAAGUGAUUUUUCGCUAGUCUAGUUGAUAUGACUUAUUAAGUGCAGUUCUAUGCACUUAAGAGUGAAUGUCAGUAAAAAUCGAACAUAUGAGAUAUUUCGCGGCCACGACUGAAAAAUCGAUUUUGCUCAAAUUUUGCCCAGAUAUACCUUAUUAUAUCGGAAAAUGCACCAUAUAUUUUUUUAGGCCAAAUGCUUUUUUAACUUUGAGAAAAUGCCGUUUUAACACGACCACCCUAAAUCGCCAUUUUGUCUGGGAAAAUAUGCGCUAAUUUUACCGACAAAUUUCACGACGACAACCGUUUCUAAUCGAUCUAAAACCCCAAAAAUCUUGUUUUCGGUUAUUCAAAGGACCGGGUACGUGACUUACAAGAAAUCUGAGUUACUUUUAGGAAUAGAAAUAAUCGUAGUUUUGGAGCACACUAUCUUACUUCAUUUACGAUACCCUCUUAACAAAACCGAUUUUCACUAUGGGAUAAAGCUCCAAAUCGAUCAUGCUUCUACUAGUUGGCUCUUUAAUAAACAAGCUUUCAAUUGACGUAAAUACUUAUUUGGGCAAAUGAAUACGCGAUAAACGACAACGCGCUGAAAUCGUCCGUUUUUGACGUCUUGCAAGCAAACGCUGUUAAUUUACAUACCGUCGAAGUAAACAAUUUAAUCAAGUAUUCUAAGUAUUUUACCUUUUGAGAAGAAGAUAUAUUCUUGAAUGGAGACUUUUUGCCUUGCUAAGUUUAAAAUUGGUCCAAAAAUCCUGAUAUAUUUGUAAAAUAUCAUCAUAUACAGGUAUUUUGAGAUAUAAUAUUGUUGUCAGUUGCAUGAUAACUUCAGAUCACUGUUCAAUAUUGUCUACUUUUAAUAGCGCUAACAUACAAAUCGAUGAGCUGUUUAGGGAUUAUAUUUGCUACUAAAUUUCCCAAAAUUAGAACUUCAGUUGUUGUUUUGUUCCAGUUUGAUCCAUAUGAUGUACCAUUUUACAAGCUUUUACAUAUCGACUAUGCUAUCGAGUAUAAAUGUUUACGAAUACAUAAGUUAAUUAUUAAGCAGCUGUUAAUAGCGUGCGUGUGAAAUGAACAUUAAUCCAUACAAGGUUUGUUAUUUUAUUACAUAUUCUACCACCUCAAACUCAAAUUAUAGCAAAUAGUUUAGAAUAAUUAUUUUAAUGUGUGUUCACUUUGAUGCUCAGUUAAAAUAAUCAGUAAAAUUACUUUCUUUUGAUACACUAUUGUUUAUUGAUCUUAUUAUAUUCCACAAGUACUAGUAACCCAAAAAUACAGCAUUUAGAUAUGUUACCCCAGUGCGACACCAGAAAUUAUUAUUGUCUCCCCACACGUCGCGUUUAAAAAAAAUGGAAGCUUGUUGCUCGUUUAACGCCAGAUUAACCAUAGGGAUUAACCAUGUGUCAGAUGCGGCAAAUGCCACGGGCCUCGCGCUUAUGGGGGCAUUGCGCUUUACUGUGCCACGCCCAUUUUUACGAGAACACGGCCAUUUUCUGUUGGGACACACCCAUUUUAGGUGCCUCGCGAAUUUAGGGCCCCUAGGCUUGGCAGUUGGCCCCAGCACGGCCCCGGGAAGAUAUGCAAUACUCGUGUGCAUGUAAUCUCCAGUUGCGUUGAGCUGUUAUAUUAUGAUCCUGUUUAUACAUGUUGACCCAACAACUGGGCCAGGCAGGCCAUUGUCUCGUUUAUAAUUGAUGCUAAUAAAUUGAAAUAUUGAAAAAAAUUAUUUAACAAUUUUGUGUGUCUUUAAAUUCAAAGAUUUUCAUAACAAGGCGGAGAGUGGGGGGAGGGGGAGGGGGUUGGGGGCCUCGCGCUAAAAUCUGCCACGAGCCUCGCGCGACGUUAAUCCGGCCCUGGUCACUUGUCGGUAGUUCUUGUGGUUUUAAUGCCAAUUGCCAAAGAACGAAAGAGAGCACCGAUGACUUCCCCCGUCGGAGAAUUACUGGCGCAGCCCAGGCCAGCUCAGUGAAAUAUGGGGCCCAGGGCCAAUUAUAUCUUUGGGGCCCCGGUGAACCACAAUAAUUCCCCUCCCACCCCUCCGUCGACAAACUUUUUACCCCCUUGCAAAUUUGUAUUUGCCGGCCCUCCUUGAGCUGGGGUCGCGGAGAAAAUUGCUCCCUUUGCCCCCCCUCCCCCCUUGCAAGGGCGGCCCUAGCGCCACCCCUGUCUUAUCAUAACCAUCUACUUCAAAUAAUUUUUAAAGCCCUGGUCUUUUUCAAGUAGUUUUUUGUCCCGAAAAAGUAAAAGACUUAGAAAUGGUGAUUAAAUUAUUUACUACGGUAUGUUAUUUAAUAACGAGCAAGGGUUAUGGUAAGGAUUUAAGUUAUAAAGUUGGUGUUUGGAAUAGGGUUAGUGUAAAGCUUUGUUACGUUUUGUCAUUCUGAGGCCAGCGAAAUAACCUCUUACGCAACAUGCAUGCGUACGCGUCUACUAUCGUCAAGAAACAAUCAAUACGUAUAAUCGUUGUGGUCUGUGGGAUAUUAAUGAGAUUUAAAGACCUUGCAGUUUUAACACACAUUAGCCGAAUUCAUAUUAGAGACGGGAAACUCAUAUUAGACGGGAAACUCGUCUUAAAUUCGAAUUUAUCCGUCCCUAAAUUCAUAUUCAGGCGGGUUUUCACAGACGAGUUUCCGUCUAAGACGAGUUUCGCGUCCCUAAUAUGAAUUCGGCUAUUCAAAUAUAAGGGCUGGUAAACUAAAAAUAAAAACUCCUUAUAUUGAUAAACAUAUUUAUAAACGUUCAUUUCAUGUCACGCACGCUAACACCUGCUUAAUAAUUAACUUACGUCUUCGUAAACAUUAUAGUCGAUACAUAACUGGUACAUUAAUUUAAUAAUAUGGACAAAAUGGAACAAAACCUCUGAAAACAGCAGUUGUAGUUCUAAUUAUUUUGGUAAAUUUAGUAACAAAUAUAAUCCCUAAACAGCUCAUCGCUUUGUAUGUUAGCGCUAUUAAAAGUAGACAAUAUUGAACAGUGAUCUGAAGUUAUCAUGCAACUGACAACGAUAUUAUAUCUCAAAAUACCUGUAUAUGAUGAUAUUUCACAAAUAUAUCGGGAUUUCUGGACCAAUUUUAAACUUAGCAAGGCAAAAAGUCUCCAUUCAAGAAUAUAUCUUCUUAUCAAAAGGUAAAAUACUUAAAAUACUUGAUUAAAUUGUUUACUUCGACAGUAUGUAAAUUAACAGCGUUUGACUUGCAAGACGUCAAAAACGGACGAUUUCAACGCGCUGUCGUUUAUCGCGUAUUCAUUUGCCCAAAGAAGUAUUUACGUCAAUUGAAAGCUUGUUUAUUAAAGAGCCAACUAGUAGAAGCAUGAUCGAUUUGGAGCUUUAUCCCAUGGUGAAAAUCGGUUUUGUUAAGAGGGUAUCGUAAAUGAGGUAAGAUAGUGUGCUCCAAAACUACGAUUAUUUCUAUUCCUAAAAGUAACUCAGAUUUCCUGUAAGUCACGUACCCGGUCCUUUGAAUAACCGAAAACAAGAUUUUUAGGGUUUUAGAUCGAUUAGAAACGGUUGUCGUCGUGAAAUUUGUCGGUAAAAUCAGCGCAUAUUUUCCCAGACAAAAUGGCGAUUUAGGGUGGUCGUGUUAAAACGGCAUUUUCUCAAAGUUAAAAAAGCAUUUGACCUAAAAAUAUAUAUGGUGCAUUUUCCGAUAUAAUAAGGUAUAUCUGGGCAAAAUUUGAGCAAAAUCGAUUUUUCCGUCGUGGCCGCCUUAUGUUUGAUUUUUGUGGACAUCCUCUCUUAAAUACUUUUGUUAAUGAGACGUUUUGAAUAUUAAACCGUGCGUUGGACAAGGUUAAGUAAGACUCUGCCGUCUUGGAACUUUGUGGAAUGUCUUUUGCUAGGUUUGAUGCUACCUCAUUGAAAUGCGCGUUUAAGCUAUUUGCGAUCUCCUCUGGUUUUGUCACAUUUUGAUUGUCAUGUUGGAUUUCGGAUAUUAAAGUUGUUUUUGACUUUUUUCCUGUAAGUUUAUUAAUCGUUUUCCACAUUUCUUUAAAAUAAGUCGAUUUUGUAUUUUUAAUUAAUCUGUUUAGAUCGUUACGUGUUUGCUUAUAGACAUCAUGAAACUGUUUCGAUCCUGUUUUAACUGCUUUUUUUUUCAAAAAAUCUCUUUGUUUCAUAACUUGCCUAAUAUUAUUUGUGAUCCAUGGAGCAUACUCACUUCUAACCUUUUUGGUAGUCUCGGGAGCGUGAAAAUCAGCGAUUGAUAAAAAUGUUGUUUUCCAUUUUUUCCACAUUAUAUUUGGAUCAAGCAUAGUAUCCCAAAAUAUUCUGUUGUGUAAAUAGAUGAAAAUAUCUGAUUUAAAGUUGUUCACACUGUAAUGCUUGAAUUGUCUUGUUUUAAUAACUUUUGGGUCAUUACGGGGAAUAGAAAUUUUUCUUUGAAUAUAAAUUAAACUAUGGUCACUAAUUCCCAGAUGGAUGAUUCCUGAACCAUUUAUUAAUUCCGGUUUAUUUGUGAAUGCUACGUCUAUUAACGUUUUCGUUGUGGACGUAAUUCGCGUUGGUUCAUUAAUCAAUUGCUUAAAUUGAAAAGUUCCUGCAAGUUGGCAAGUUUGUUUGUCUGGGAUUAGCUUUAUUGUUAAUUAGGCGAGACCAAUCACAAUUGAAGUCCCCAAUCAAAAUAACUUCUUUAUUUUCGGAGUCCAUUUUAGUAAUUAAAUCUUCAUAGUUGUUAAACAAUUCUAGUGGUGUAUCAGGUGGUCUAUACCAACAAUUUAUUAAGAGAUUUCGAUCCUGAUUUUCUCAAGGUUUUCGUCAAAUAGAUCGUCUCUUAUUAUGUAAUGUGACGGUAUCUUGAUUUCAAUCAAACACUUGGUUUUUUAAAAAUUGUUUUACGUUUCCUGCAAGGGUAGAUGUCCCUCUUUGGUUUAGAUGUAGUCCAUAAUUAUUGAGAUGAAUUUUAGUUAUAUUAUCAUGUUUAAUAAGACCCCAGUUAUGCUCAGUACAUAGUUCAUCUAGUUUCUUAUUAAAAACAUUUACCUUGUCGGCAAGAUUCGCAUUAUCAUUACUAGUUAUAACUUCCGAGAGUGUAAGCUCAGUUCCAUUUCCUUCUUGAGUAAUUGUUUCUCCGAGUCUGCUUAUCGCCGUUAUUAAUGUAACUGGUGAUUUGGUUUGAAGGUCGUUCGUACCUACAUGUAAGACAACAUGGUUUGGUUUUUUCUGAAGUGUUGGUCUAACGUAAUGUAUCAUCUCGUCUACACCGGCCCCAGGAAAAGUUUUAAUCGUGACUUUAUCGUCCAAUCCGUGUUGAAUUUUCCUUGGAUUCAAGUGUUUUAACAUGGAGUCACCCAGAAUGGCAACAGUAGGGCGGUUGUGCUUCGUGUUCUUAGGUAUAUUUGCUUCUUUGACUUUCUGUGAAUCUUUUUUAGAGUGUCGGUUUCUUUCGUGUCGUUGGUCUUGUUUUGGGACUUGUGUCGCGGUAAUGUCGUCGCUACGGUUAUCAGAUACAUUAUUGCUGUCUGAUUCACUAUCGUCUAUGUCCGAUAUACUUAAAGCAGUAUACUGAUUCUUUUGUUGCACGGAUUCUUUUGCUUUGACAUUUCUUGUACCAACAGGAUUAUGGGCUGACGUAUUUCAUCCCUCCAUGGUCUUUUUGCAGUUGUUGACAACAUUCCAUGAUGCCUGUUGUUGUUCUUGAUCGUUUUGAAUAAUUUUAAUGACCGUAACUAAACUAUUCUUUUCGUUUUCCAAGUCCUUAACUUUUAAAUUCAGGUCGGACAUAACGCACUUAUAGCUGUUGAUUUGCUCUUUAAGUGAAUCAUUUUCUUUUUUUAAUCUGGCAUUGUCUUUCGUGAGAAGUUUAUUAACAGCCGAUGACUGAUCGUUGACAGAUGAUUUAUUCAUGGCUUCGUUCUCUCCUCUUAUAAUAUUCUCAUUAUAUAACUCUAUUUUUGUCUCAUGUAUUUCGCUCUCGAGGUUGUUGAUCUUUUGUCCCAAUCUCUUCUCAAGUUUUUGCACCGUGUCAAGUAAAACUUUGAACUUGUCGUUUCCGUUUGUAUUUGUUAAGCUCUCAUCGCAAUUAGUGAUGCAAACGACCGAAUCGUCUUGGCCAGUUUCGUUUGUGUCGGUAUCAAUGUUGUUUGUCGUUUGAGAAUCAGCUUUAGUUAGGGUGGCAAGAAUUCGAAGUUGAGAUUUCAUAUCUUCGCUCAUGUUUCCGUUUAUAGUAAGUGAAUUAUUAUUUGAAUACCAUCUAACCACGACCUCGUCCAAGUCCAGCAUUUUACAGUAACCGCUUGACGACCAUUUUGUCCUCUUCUCUGUAAUUUCGUUCAUCAACGUUUUUAGGCUUUCAAAGCUGCCGUGCCAUUUGAAUUUCCCUUUUUCAUUAACUGUGAGGUUGUUUGCUUGGCUAUUCACUUCACUUGUGUGAUUAUCAUUAUCAUUAUCAGUUGUAUUUUUGUGUAGAUUUUGUUCAAGUGUGGAACUGUUCAACACACAUCUGUCCGCCAUCAAUAUGUAUCUAAUGUCUCAAGACUAUGCAACAUAUAUAUAUAUAUAUAUAUAUAUAUAUAUAUAUAUAUAUAUAUAUAUAUAUAUAUAUAUAUAUAUAUAUAUAUAUAUAUAUAUAUAUAUAUAUAUAUAUAUAUAUAUAUAUAUAUAUAUAUAUAUAUAUAUAUAUAUAUAUAUAUAUAUAUACCGGGUGUCCCAAAAAAAAGUACUCCGGUUUGAUUUAUAAUAACUUCUAAACAAGUAAAGCUAUCAAACAGAAAUAACUUGCAUUGAAUAGAGGAAGGACUAACUUAGAUUUUGAUAUAUUACAGUUGUAUUUUACUGAAAAAUUCACGGAGAUAUUAAUGUUCAAAAUCGGGAGCAUAUUUUGGGAUGUGUCUAAAAUUAGCGAAAAUCGGCGUAUCAAAUUUUAACUCCAGCGUUUGUUUGCUUAAUGACAUAUCAGGGUAAAUUGUAUUUCAGCGAAUUGUCGUUAGGGUUUGUAAGGGAUAUGGCGUAGAUUUAGACAUCUUACAUGUAAGUCUUAACUUAUUGUUUCCUGAAAUAUGAACGUUCGAAAUUAUGUAAGUAUUUAAUAGGUCUUUGCAAACUUAAGGUACUGAAAGACCAUGCAAGGCAGGCGCUUCAAUUUUUCUUAAAUAACCUAUUUUUUAUGUUUUUCAUGGGUUCAAAACAAAGUUGAUUAUUUCUCGGUUAGAGCAGGAUGAAUAUUGUUCUUUAAUGGAGGAAAUAAUAUUGCUUUUUGCAAAUACACAUCACAGUAUCAAAGCUACUAUUUUGUUACGUUUUGUUCCAAAAAUGUUGGAUGUCUCUGGGGAGUUGCAUGCUUGUUAUGUCUUUACUUAAGGAGUUGUAUGGUUUGAUUGUGUUUCAUUCUCAGUUUAUUCUGAACUUGCCAAGAUUAAGAAAGUCAAAAGAGUUUGGGUGUUCUUAACAAGAUUUCAGAACGUUGCAGAAGUUAGAAAAUUCAUUCAAUGUGAAGUUAGAAAAUUCACAAUUCCAAUGUGACAGCGUGCCCUAAUUCAGAACUACGAACGAUCCAUGACGAUCCUUCGCGAUGCAGUGGUCUCAUGAAAUAAGGAAACGUAUUCGUGCUAGGAACACACGCGGAUUUCGGACGAAUAAAUCUUGCUUGUAUUUUGUAGAUAAUAAUACUUUGUUUCAUAAUAAACAAUUUGUCAAGUGUCAUUUAUUUACAGGUAAUAGUGCAUGUUUCAGUUGGGUAAAUCUUGAUUAAUAUUUGAUACGCUGUUUUUGGCAUAUUUCAGACACAUCAAGAAAUAUGCUCCCGAUUUUAAACAUUAAUAUCUCCGUGAAUUUUUAAGUGAAAUACAACUAUAAUAUAUCAAAAUCUAAGUUAGUCCUUCCUCUAUUUGAUGCAAAUUAUUUCUCUUUAAAAGCUUUACUUGUUUAUAAGUUAUUACGAAUCAAACCGGAGUACUUUUUUUUGGGACACCCGGUAUAUAUAUAUAUAUAUAUAUAUAUAUAUAUAUAUAUAUAUAUAUAUAUAUAUAUAUAUAUAUAUAUAUAUAUAUAUAUAUGCAUAACAAUUAACAAAGAAAUCAAGAUUCUUGUUUUGUUUUCUGAUGCGGUCAAUUAUUUUUAACAAUGCAUCUUAGGAGUAGAGAAAAACAACGACGACUGCAGAAAGACUCACCUUUUAAAGUCUAACAAGUGGGAUGCUGCAAAAGAUGUCCUCCUUGCAAGCAAACGCCUCGAAAACUUGGAGGAAUUUAGGAGAACAUCAAGGCCAUACACUAAGAGAAAUGCUGAAUACUGGUCAACAACAAUAAAAGAGAGCAGGGCAGCACGACGGGAAAAUAUGAAAACCCCUGAAAAUAAUGGCCAUACUCAAGACAAUGGGUUGGAUGCUGUACACACUAUGAGUCCGCUUGAGAUUCGAGUCAAGCUCCGAGAAAUGGGUUACCCAACUAGAGCACGGAAUAUAAAGCGGCUCCAAGAGCUAUACCAAAUGGCUAUUCAAUCAGCUUCGGAACACUAAUUUAGAAACUAUACUUGUAUAUGAAAUAUAUUAUGUUAAAUUAAAUUAUUGGCCUCUUUAGUAUAUAUAGUUUUAGUUUUUCCAAAGGCAUUGUCGGAGCCUGGCAAAGUUUGCCCUUGCGCAACUCAAAUGUCAAUGGAGACCAGGAGAGAACUGGUUUGACCUUUAUGGGAAAGUCAACAGCCUUUCCUUCUCCAUUUUCAUUCAGAAAAUACCACCAGUUAUUGGGCAGGAAUUUAAGUCGAGAAACAUCAUUCUUCUCAAGCAUAAGAUGACCACGAUGAUUCGACUCUUUUCCUCUCUGGUGAACAAUAAAUCUCCACACAUCCAAGUGCAUUGGCAAGUAAAUUGGAGAAAAGGAAGCACUUUUCAGGCAUGAAACAACUCCAACCGCAAAUUCUCGGCAUGACUCCAACAGCACAUCAUCAGAUGGUGUCAACGGUCUUGAAUAGCUCCUAUACAAUAAAAAAUUUAUAAAAAGGCAUGAAACUCGCACCAUUUCACUUUAAAAAUUAUCAGAUGGGAGGGUUUAAAACUUGUGCUUUUUUCAUAUAACACUAAAUACUUCAAUGAACACACUGCAUGUGAGUGAAACCUCUCUAAUUUAUAGCAAUGAUAAAUUUUAUCAACAGCAUGUCCAUGAAAUUUACCAACCUGAGUAAUAGUGAAUUGAGAUUUUCACUUGGCUCCCAGGAGCAGCUCUCAAUUGGCCAACCCCGCCAUUGAACGAGAUACUCUUCAUUCUUUAUUAAAAGGUUAUAAAGUAGUUAUUACAAAUAGACAAUAUCCUAUCAAUUUUAACUUGCAAACUAACAAUUUCUAACGAAGUCGAAGGUUGGAUUUUAAAGAUAUGAAAUAAUCAAAUAAAGUGAAGCCAUACGUACCCUUCCUUUAUUCCUUCUCUCAAUCGAGCGUUCGACUUCGUACAGCUUUCCUUUUUUACGGCUUCUUUUAGUUUCGUUGUAUAAUACAACAGAUGAAAGCGAAUUCAAUUGUUGAUAAUCAAUUGACUCUCUCACGCGUUUGGCGGCCAUGUUUCUCUCGCAUAAUAUUAUAUGCGGCGGACCGCUGCGUUAAGCGUAGGCUCAAAUGUCUUAAAUUUCUGGCCAUAACUAAACUGCCUUUAUCGAUAAACUUUGAGUUCGAAAUAAAAUGAUUCCAAAUUCUCCCAUGUAAAUAACUUUGCUUAGUAUAAUAAAAAGUGUAAUCAAUAAAUAAACACUGAAAUAAUACGCUGCAUGUCUUGUUUAUAUUUUAUAUACGCAACGAUCGGCUUUUAAAGUAAUUACAGUCCCAGAUUACAGUAUAUUAAAAGCAAACAAUGCAUCAAUAUUAGGUAUGUUAUUAUACGUAAUAUAAGCUUCAAUUUAAGGUAAAAUUCAACAACAAACGCUUCGCAAAACGUUUGAAAGUGUUCUUUUAAUAUAGAACUAAACUGCCUUUAUCGAUAAACUUUGAGUUCGAAAUAAAAUGAUUCCAAAUUCUCCCAUGUAAAUAACUUUGCUUAGUAUAAUAAAAAGUGUAAUCAAUAAAUAAACACUGAAAUAAUACGCUGCAUGUCUUGUUUAUAUUUUAUAUACGCAACGAUCGGCUUUUAAAGUAAUUACAGCCAAGAUUACAGUAUAUUAAAAGCAAACAAUGCAUCAAUAUUUAAAACAAACUUACCUUCGUUAACGUCGGCACCUUUACUUCCUUCUUUUAGCAAUCCUCUUGCCUUUAUUUCAUCAAAAUCCUUUGCAAUUUACAAAAUCUUGCAAAAAUGAAAUAUAUUUGCAAGAAAUCAUCAAAUCAAUUUCGCUGUCGUCAAUCGUCAUGCAGCCGUUAUAAUGCCAAUUUUAAAUUGGACCAAUCAGUGUUGGCUAUUCAUUACAGUCCGCUAUAUUAUGAGAUCAGUGAGGAUGACCACCCACCGAAACACGCACAGUGACCCACGCCCGCGAUAUUUGAUUAACUUUAGACUUUGCUAAUGCUUCCCUUCCCCGGGUGUAAAUAGCCUGGGGGAAUUAGUACCCUCGCACGGCGCUUCGCGCCGUCGGCUCGGGGAUUAUAAUCAUAAUAUUAGGAAAUUUUAAAUAAGUGUAGGUUAUAAUAGUAUAAAGUGUAAUUACUCUGCCCCAGGGGGCGGUUGUUCUAUGCUGGACUAGCACUAACCCUGGGUUAAAAUUUAGCCUGCUGUUUUAGAUUGUGUAUUUCUACACGUCUGUUUAUUUCAAAACUUCAAAGAUCUCUGAAGAAAUAUUUCCAAAUUUAUAGACAAGCUGUCAGGUUAAUUAACCUAGGGUUAAGCUAAUCCAGCCUUGAACAACUGCCCCCUGGAGAAAAAUUGACUGUACAGUGCAUAAUUAUAUGUGUAACCUAUAAUUAUAUAUUUACUAAUAAAUACAUUUAAUAUUCUUAUCUAGUAUUUCUUCAUAUUAAAUUAUUACGGCUUCAAGUGAACAUGACAGAGGUACAGUUGCAGCAACUUGAUGUUGCAGAAAUAAGAGGAAAUAGUUUUAUGCAAGAAAUAAAACUCACUUGGUGGCAGUUAUGUGACAUAUCUGCUUGGUAGAUAAUAUACAGAUAAUUUUAUCUGUAGGGAAACUAUACUGUCACAUAACUGUGACAGAUAUGUUAUUGGGCCAAAUUCCUAUAUGUUGCAGAUAUGUGACAGAUAUCUGCCAUAUAACUGUGACAGAUAUCUGUCACAUAACUGUGACAGAUAUCUGUCACAUAACUGUGACAGAUAUGUUAUGGGGCCAAAUUCCUAUAUGUUGCAGAUAUGUGACAAAUACUUUCGUACAUAUGUUUUGCAGAUAUUUUACAGAACUGUGACAUAUAUCUGCCACAUAUCUGUCAGUUGGUUAUACAUACAUAAUUUAUUCAAGAUAACAUUACAAAAAUCUUGAACAGGAAAUCGUGAGGUUAACCCUGCAAUAAAAUAAUGUUGAUGCAACAUUUUUUAGUAACUACACAUUGAAUCAGAAAGAAAAGUUGUCAAAAUAGGUCGCGACGGUUGUUUGCAAAAUGUCGCUUCUCUCUGAAAUGGCUUCCUUUGCGGGAAGCCAUAAAAUUGAAGUCCUAACAAAAACUACCUUAGCAGUUCUUUUGGGUCCAUUGCUCACUUAUUUAUCAUGAAAUCGCUUCACUAGAACAUUUUUAAUACUGUCUAUGGAAAACUUUGUAAUUUCUGAACUAAAAGUUUAUGGUUUCGAGGUGUUUAUUUUAUAAAAUAGCACGCGCAACAAAAUGACACUAAUGUGGUUUCUCACAUCUGACAAACAACCAAAAAUGAAAGUCCUUAUUUCACCCUUUUAUAGCUAUGUGGAAUACCUGAAUAUUAGGUUAUCUUUUUCAUUUGAACAUAUAGAUAACAUUUCUACACAAUAGUCCUUAUGAAGGCUUAUGUCAAACUAAAAAAGCGAUUGUUUUUCAGAGCCAGACUUCAAAAGAGAACGCAUGUCUGACAUUUUAUAGCAGCCUACAUUGGUGCGCAAAAUAAUUUUGGCUAAAAACCGUUGCUUUUCCAACAAAAACAUGAGAAAAUUGAGCUAAAAGUCUUACCUGAUGUAUGUUUAAAAUGUUUUUCUUUUUAUGGUGUUUUUCAGUGCUUUGAGUAGAGAGGUUAAUAGCUUUUGGUUUUGUCACCACAAUUUGCCUUUGAUUUAUUUUGAAAAUAAAUAGAUUCUAGUACCAUAUAUGUCCUUUUAAAUAUAUUUGAAGUAAUUAAAAACUUGAAAGAUGUACAAGCACUGUGUUUUGGCUUGCACACUUUGUUGAAUUUGAACACUUAGUUACUGUUCUAAAUUUCAUGUUGUAAACAUCUUGCCCCAAAAAAGCAAAGGAGUAUAUUUUACAAUUUUUGAUCAUUUUCUAAUUCAUAUCCCAAUAGAUGAAAAUUGGUUAUAAUAUAGAUACAUACUAAUUUAGUGAAUAAUUUUUUUUUUGGUUUUUAUAUAAAUUUAUGGAGAUAAUAUUGCCCCUUUAGGUGAUGAGUGACAUGAAAAACAAAAUGUCACUGCUUUACAAAUAAAAAUUCUCAUUGAAAAAACUAAUGAUAUAUAUAGGUAUGCAAGUUCAUUUCAACUAAAUUUGGUCAAUCAUAUAUCAAUAAUAUUAGGUUGAAAAGACCAGAUUUUUUCAUGCAACUGUUUCUGAGAUAUUGCCAUUUUGACGAAAGCUCUUGAAUUCAAUCACGUAUUCGCCAUAUUGCUUGGACAUUGGGAGGUAGAAACAUUGUAACAGCUUGCGCGUUAAUGAGUUAAACGUAUUUUUGUUUCAUAUCAUGUAGUUCUUCGACCCUAAUGAUCCACGGGAAGGAGGUAACAAAUUAUAUAACAAUGUUAUGUUGUGGGAGUUUGAUAUUUCAACAUCACCAACAUCCCAAGCAAUCCCACCAUGUGACCCAGAUAGUCAAGAUGAUGAACUUGGAUAGUGUACUUCCACCAAUAGAUUUACAUCAGCCAACUGAUUGUAAUUGUUUCAAUUUACCAAUAAAUCCUGUUUGCCUGAUGGACAUUCAUACACACCGAAUGUUAGAUGAUGAAGCACCUAGUGGUAGCAGUGUUGAUGGUGAACCUGAAGGAGGUACAGUGAAUGUAGAGAAUGAAAUGGAGGAAAUUCAGCAGUUGACUGAGAUGCUGGAUGUGGAAGACACUUAAGGUGGUGAAUAUGAAGACGAUGAGAGCAAGGAUGAGAGUACUGAUGGAAAUACUGAAUUUGAUGUUAAUAUGUAUCCUGAGAAAUUUGUCAUGGUUGGAUCCUGGCAAGAAGAAAGGUAUCAAGGUGCUCUUGCGAUAUGCAUGUGGAGAAGGUCAGCAAAUAAAGAAUUGGACUCCAAAGUGGACAUGAACCAGACAAUGUUCGAGAUACAUAUGCAGUGAAAUUUUUGGUGUUUCACAAUGAAAAGUGGCAUAUAAUUGGUUAUUGUGGAGUCAACAAAAUUCCUAAACUUAAGUGUGCUCUGCAGCAAAAUGAGAUACAAUCAAUCGGAUUAGACAGUUUGAAAAGAACAUAUGCAUACAGAGAAAGAAAGUUACUAUACAGUGCCUCAUUAAUUGUCAAACGUGGACCAUGGGAUAGAGAUGAUCCAAUGAAUAACUACAACAGCCAUAUAAAUUGGUAAGUAUUAACACUACGUAACUUGCAAUUCAAAGAGAAAGUUAAAUUCAAAUUUUAAUUCACUCUUAGGUGGUGCCAGCAUUCUCCCUUUGAUGAGUUUAGAAAUAGUAAAAUAAUAAAGUAUGCAUUUAAAGUCACAAUACAACUCAAUCAUGCUAUUUAUUUGGGAGAGCAUAUAGAUCACAUGCGUUAUAGAUCACUUUCAUAAAUGGCUGUCAGUUAAUAUAUACAUUGUUCAGAAGUAAUUAACCCGUUAAGUUGCAUUUGACCCGAAUGCACCGUACUUUAUUAUUUUUGCCACACAGUUUUACUAGUCAAUGGGAUAGUGCUGGCACUCAUUUGGAUUACAAUCAGGCCAGUUUUGUACCAUUUUAUAUAUGUAAGUAGAGAGCAAAACCCAUGGAGGUAAUUGGAACUUAAACCUUCCUCCUUUGGAUGUCCUAACACAUCAGGGAUGGAUUUACUGGGGGGGGGAGGUGCACACACCCCCCCUAGCCCUGGCCAGAUGGGGUGCAGGGGGGGUGCUAUUUUGAUAAAGCAAAAAAAAACGAAAUGAGAUACAAUAAUUUGAGUAAUAACAUGAUGAUAAGUGAACUGUGAACAACAAUUACAAUUCAAAUACAGUACUUGAUGGGCGGGCAGAACACAUGACUGACACAACUCGGCAGUCGGCAACAGCGCACCCCCCUACCAGAUCAUGCUGGAUCCAUCCCUGUAAUACAUUAUACUAUUAUCAGAAGUAGAUUUCUACCUAGUACACAAGAACAGCUGUCAUACAUUUCCCCUCUAAUUUAGAAGCUGUCAAGUCUCAGAACCUGGAACAUGCUGCCCCCAAUUAUCAAUUACUUUGAACCUGUGAGUAUGAUUCAUAUCAUUCUGUAUACUACACACAAAAAUCUCACAUCUUGUAACAAGUCUGCCAACAAGCCGUCAACAAUUCGCACUGCUUGUCACAAGUUGUCAACAUGGGUGCCUCACAGUGCUUAAUUUUUGGGUUGGGCAGACCCAGAGGCCCCAACUCCAAUGUGCCAAAUGGGGGUCCCCAGGUUCAGGUUGUAGAGCAAAAAUAUGGGCCAGGGAGGCCUCUGCUACAGUAGUAUGUUACAAUGUCAUCUUCUGACCAUGAUCAUAAUUCUCUAAAUUCUCCACCCAAAGUCUGGUAAAUUGCAUUUCAGAGCUCGAGAUUCUAUAUUCAAAAUUCCCUAAGAAAACUUGUGCGCAAACUGUGUGACACUUGACUCCUACAAGGGGAGUAUUUGAAAAUUUUGAAUAUGUUAUGCCACUGGGUAGUAUAAAGAUUCUACAAACCAAUAGAAAGCAUUCCAAGAUUGGUCAUCUCUCUCUUGUCUUAUGUUAUUAGUCAGCUCUCACAAAGUUUGGUCUUUCAGCAAAUGGUAUGGGACAUACUGAAUUGGUAGACAGUACGGUUUCUUGUUGCGACGUUCAUCAGAUAGAAGAAAGAUGAAAACAUGAGUUGCUGUUGGUUGUCUUCUUUUUAUAAACAAAUUCCUCAUUAUUUCUCCCAAUCAGAUGUCUUUUCACACAUGCUCUUCUGUACAUGCAACACUUGAGAACUUUGACCAACAGAGACUUUCAAUGUUUUAACAUAAGAAAGCAGACACUGACAUUGUUGUAACAGUUCACUAUAUUCGACUCUCUCCCACGAAAGUUCCAUAAGUACUUUCUUUGAUGUGUUUGGUUUUUUAAAUUUUUCUGUGUAUGCCUUCUGUGCCUUCAUUACACCUUGUGUUAAAAACUGCUUAUCAGUUUCCAGAUCUGUUAAGACUGUCUCAAUCAUGUUCAUCACUUUCUCAAUAUCAUUAUGCGGUGAUGCCAAUUUUUUAAAUGUCUUCAAUCUUUGUUCAUAAUCAUUUCAGAAUCAAUCAGAAUCAAGUUCUGAAGUGUGCCAUCUCCUAAAUCAGAGUCUCCAUUCCAAACACCUUUAACUGAUUGCUGAAGUGCUGGUAUAAUAUCACACCCAUCACCUUUGAUCCAGAAACGACCUGAAGGAUAUGCAGCUUUCAUGUCUUUUAGUCCUUGUUCCUAAUAUGAAAAGAAAUACUUAUACAUUGUUUAACCUGCACAGGAAUCUGCACACACGCAGCUUUCAUGUCUUUUAGUCCUUGUUCCUAAUAUGAAAAGAAAUACUUAUACAUUAUUUAACCUGCACAGGAAUCUGCACACACACAGCCUCCAGAAAAUGGAAAAUGUUGGGAUUUUUGGUCUUAUUUUGUUCAAAAUCCUUGUUUUUAUUCUUAUUUAUAUUAGUUCAAAAUGAGCAUAUAAAUUUCUGGGAGGGAGGGGGGAGGUGCAAAAUAUUUGGGAGGUGGUGCAUCCUCCUAUCCAGAAAAUCUGUCCAUGGUUUUUGCACAGCCUUUUUGCAUGUAACUAAAAGGUAGGUAACAUACCUGUAUUAUAGGCUCAUCACUGAAUUGUGAUGAUGCAGUUUUGGUUGCCACUGUCCUGGUUGAAAUACAGGCAACAUUCACCAUUGCCUAAAAUCGAUACAGACAAGCAAAAAAAAUUUAAUUGACACAGUUGUUAUAAUUUAAAAUGCUUAAAAUGAGUUACCAUUGUUUUGAAUUUUAGUACAGUUCUAAUAUACUCAUUUUUACAGGGGUAUAAUAGAAACAUUUUCCAAGCCUUAAUUUCUUAUACAGUGUGUAUCAAAAUAAUUCGAAUCCAAAUUUGACAGACUGCUGUUUAUAAAAUACUAAAGUAAACCAUAUAAUUUUUAUAUGGCAAUAAAGAAUAGCCUAUCAGGUUUCCGAUUAUAUCGUUCUUAUAUCAAUAAGAUCAAAAAUGACCAAGAAAUCAUGUGUUAAAACUGGCUGCUCGAAAUCAAAUUUUUCCGCCGAUGGGAAUUCGAAGUGAGACGUACAAACAAAAGAUAAUGCAAAUUUAAUUAAUCAACAAACUGUUAUGUAGCAAAAUUUACAUAAAUUCAUGUUCAUUUAAAGAGAUUUAAGCUCCUAUGCUUUCAACAUUUUGAACGAGAAGAAAUUCGUGUUAAAUUUGCAUUUUAGUUUUCAGUGAUGAUUAGCAUUUCAAAGCCUUGUGGGACUAACUUUGAAAGAAAAAAUGUCCAAUUCCCAUCGGCGGAAAAUUUUGAUUUUUACGGACUUUUUUUGUCAAAGCAAUACUCCUUCAUUUUCCAACUAAAUGACACGUACAGCAUGUCAUUUGAAAGAUAAAUAAAUGAACUUAACAAUGGUGUAAAAACUAACCGAAUUUGUCAAAUAUAUUCUGCGUUAUUACACGCCAAAUUUGGAUUCGAAUUAUUUUGAUACACACUGUAUAGUUAUACCCUACUGGCAUUCAAAGUAGAGGUGUGUAAAUCCGAUCCGAUUUUAAACAUUACCCAAUUGUCGGAUUAUAAACGUCCAAUCCGAUGCACCUCUAAUGCAAACUCUUAUCAAUUAUCAAACACAAUUAAUUGCCAUACAAUACUACUGUACAUUAAAUAUAUAUUUAACAAAAUUAAAGACCAAACAACAGUGAACAAUAAAUAUAUAAUGGUUGAAUAAACAAUCCAAAGUACUGACCAUUAUUGGAUAACCAUGAUAAUUUUCAUCAACACCACUCCACAUUGGGGCCUCUGAACAGACGAUUAAAACAUGUGGGGAACUCUGCACACAUACUUUCAUGCCACUGAAGAAAGUCAUCAGGCAUCUUAAUCUAGAUGUGAGAAAAAUGGAAACAAUGACAUUAUAAUUCCUGUUUUAUUUUUUAUCUAAGCCAUACUUGGUUUGUAUGUUGUUGCUGUAUUGAAUAAUUAAAACACAAUAAAUUAACCAACAUCCAUUGAUACAAAUCAUAUUUUUAUCAAUAUUUCAGGAUUUUUCACUCUAGGAAGUCAUACUGUAUUGUAACCAGUAUUUUACAAUAAUGUACAGUGACAUUUACAAACAGCCAUGUGUCUACAGUAUAUGCUCAAUAUUGAAAAUAGCAAACAUAUUCAUUAACUUUUGGCAUGAUAUCAUAUUUGGCAUGAUAUCAUAUUAGAGAGUAUUGAAAGGGGGAUAGGAACAUUUAUGCAAUUGCAUUAAUAUCCAAAAUCAGUACCUGUUUUACAUGUGUACAACUGAAGAACUCUAUUUGAUAUUCAACCAAUCUAUUUGAUAUUCAACCAAUCCAAAUGGCAUUCUGUCCAUUGGAAAUACAGGCUCAUUAGUACCAGGUUUAGUAUUGCACAAUGCCAAGGCAAAUUUAUACAACAGGUUGUUCUUGUUGUUCAUUUUUAACAGUUCCAUUGCUUUAAUAGACAUUGAACAGUAAUUACCAGGAUUAGAUGUUAUAUUAUGUUCUAAAGCCAGGUGCAGAAACAGUUUGUUCAACACAUUUUCUAAUUGAUCAUUGUCCAGAAGAGUUGUAAGCUUUUUAAAUGCAUUUUCAACUGUAGGCAAUGAUUGAGUAUUGCUUGUUGGUGGUGGUGGUGGUGGUGGAGGAGGUGUUGCUGUUGCCUGACUACUUAUCUUAGGUUUAGCUUUAACAGAUCUAGAAUUAGCUUGCCUCCUAUCAAUCACAAGUUCUGCUAAACCAUCAGAUAAAGUCAAACCAUAAUGGACUUCAGCAUCUUCCAAUGUUGCAAACUUUUUCCUGUACAUCGUAGUAACUCAUCCUCGCAGCCGGCGAUCUGUAUAAAAAGCAUACAAAACGGAAUAAAGAAUUAAUAAUGAAUGGGAGCACAUUUUGAUGAUCUUACUAAAAUAUCCUCAAUCUCACCUGAAAACAUAUUAUCUCUAGGGAAAUUGCUAGAUAGUAUACUUCAAAAUAAGGUUUCCGUUUUUAUAUCAAUUUUUUAAAUAAGUUAGGGUUAGAUUAGGGUUGUGGUUAGGGUUAGGAUUAGGGUUUAGUUUUGCGUUAGGAUGGUUUUUUCUACGUUAUAAAAACGGAAACCUUAUUUUGAAGUAUACUUUCUAGCAAUCACCUUAUCUCUAGUCUAUGUUUAAUUAUGAAGGGGGUAGAUGUACAUAUGAAAAAGGGUUAAUCAACCCUUUUUAAUUAACCAGGUAGUGCACAAUAUGCCGGUCCUAAUAAAAUUCUUCUCAUACUGCUAUACCACCAGACAAUUUUACAUGUAUGUAUAUAUAUAAUAUCGAAAUAACUAGAAGAUUACACUAGGUAGGACAAUGGUAUGAAACAUAUCCAUAUCGCAAAUGCGGAUUUGAACCGCAGCUCGUUCGCAAUAAACUCACAAGAUAAAGGAUAAUAUAGAUAUUUCCUACGCAAUUAUAUUCUCUCUCUGAAGUCUCUAAAAACCAACUCAGUUUGCUUACGUCUACAAAAAUUUAACCUGUCAAUCAAAAGUCCAUAUAUGGAUAUCGCGUGCACUUAAUAGUUUUGUGUUCAUGACUAUAAUUAGGUAUUAAUUAAAUAUCAAUAUGUUGUACAAUUCUCAACACCCUCCCCCUGUUUGAUUAUGCAGUCAGCAAACAAUAAAUUGUGCUACUUAUCAGUUCAGUCAUCUUCACUUUCAACAACGUCUUCCACUCUCAAUUCUGCUGCGACUGCAGCGUCUCUUCUUCGUCUCCGCACUGAUGCUUCAGGAUUCAAGUCACUUUUUUCACGUUCGAGUUCGAUAGGUUUGUCACAUGACAGUUCUAGUGGAUACAAGUGUUGCACAGGACGCUCCAAAUAACUUUUCCCAGCUCUCAACUUAGCUCCUCUAACGAUUCCAUCUUUUCCUUUGAUAAACUCUUGUACUAUUCCCAAUUUCCAUAGGUUUCGGUUUUUCUCAUCACCACGAAUUAUAACAACUUCGCCUACUUUUAGACCACAAUCCUUCGAGCCGUCACUUUUAUUCACGCAAUGUCGUUCCCUCAAUCCACGAAUGUAUUCUUUCGUCCAACGCAACCACAUUGCUCCCUUUCCUUUGGCUAAAUACUUCGCUCUCUUUCUCAAACUCUGAUCUUCCAAGUGGUGGUGUUUCAGCUCCGGUAGUUGAUUGGUUUGACUAAACAGCAUCGAGUUCGGAGUUAGUAUAGGUUGCUGAAUAUCUUCUUCAACAUAGCAAAGUGGUCGUCUAUUCAAGGCUACCUCAACAUCGAUCAAUACUUCCUCUAGUUCUUCGUCUUUAUUUGUUUGUAAGUUCAGCUUCAAACGAUCUUCUUCCACUUGUUCCAGAUAGUUGUUCUGGACUCUCUGUACCCAGAAUUGUCUCUGCUCUUCAAUCUCCCGCGCUGUGAUUGGUCCAACUGUUCUGCUCGUUUUGGGAUUUCUUGCAUUUCGAACGAAUCUCAUCAGCCAUGCGCACACUUUCAGGGUUCUCCACAAGGUGGUUUUCGUAAGAAGGUCAUCAAGGUCGUCUGUUUGGUGUUCGACUGCCACGUUCACAAUCUGUUUUAUCACCUUCGAUUCCUUCUCCGACUCAACACUCGGCGCAGUAACAAUGUCUUUGGGCUACUUUCCAGGAUCUGACAACCAAUCCGGGCCAUGCCACCAAAGACGGUGUUCUUCAACGACGAUCCCGCUUCUGCUGGCAACGUCCGCUGGAUUCUGAUCGGUCGGGACGUGUUGCCACUUUACAUGCUGAUGCUCACAGAUCUUCCUUACGCGAUUCCCGACAAACUGCUUUAAUUCUCCGCUGCCGAGAAUCCAGUAGAGUGCCACGCUGCUGUCGAGCCAGCACGCGACAUUGGUGAUGGGAAACCCUUGCAAUGCUGUUUCAACGUUGAUAGCCAAGUUAACGGCCAUGUGGCCUGCUAGGAAUAGUUAGUCCUGCUUUAGCCAACCGUGCUUUGGAGGCCACUAAUCCUUGAUACGUCUUCGUUGGUCGAGCAACAACGGCAUAGACAACAGCUGCUACUCCUUUACCACUGGUGUCUCCAAAACUGUGUAGUGAGACUUCGUUUAUGGGCUCUUGACUUUGAGGUAGCGCUCUCGGUAUUUCUACAAGACACGGAAGUUGGCUUUCCCAUUUCAGCCAUUUCUUAACCAGAUGUUUAGGCAAGGUAGCAUCCCACAGACAUUUUUCGUUACAAUGCUCACAAUAAAGAAGUUUUCCUCCAAGGAUAAUUGGCGAGACAAGUCCGAGAGGGUCAUAUAUCUUAGCUACUUUACUGAGAAUUCCUCGUUUGGUUGGUGUGCUCUCGUUCUCUGGAAACGUAACUCCGAUUGUGUCUUUCUCUUUGUUCCAGUUCAGUCCAAGUAAAGUUGUUUCACCGCUUUUUACACCGAGUUGUUCUUUAGCGUGACUAAGGCUUGCUUCUUGAUCUGGAAUCUCUUCCUCUAAGGAUUUCACGUUAGAAUUCCACUUGUUUAGCUUUAACAACGCAGCUUCGAAAAUUUCGGUUGUAGCACUCUUUAGCUCUUUCACUUCUUCGACCGUUUGUCCGCCGGACAGGAUAUCAUCCACGUAAAGACUGCGCUCGAUCUCUUCAACUUGUUUUGGUUGCUCAGUUCGUGCUAAGUUCAAAUGGUGCUGUAUUACUCCCCCAAGGAGGAACAGCGAAGGUCCAAGACCAAACAAUGCUCUGGUGAAACGUAACGUGCAGACUCGCAGUGGAUCUUUGUUCUCUAGCCAGUGGAAACGCAACGCAUCUCGGUCGUCAGGAUGGAUUCUCACCUGGAGGAAAGCCUUUUGCAUAUCUGCUGCGAGUGCGAUGGUAUGAAAUCUUCCUCGCACCAAAACUCUCCACAGUUGGUUCUGUAGCGGAGGACCCACUUCCAGGCAGUCAUUUAGGGAUGGUGUUGAUUCAAUAGCUCUAGCCGAGGCGUCGUAGACAAUGCGUGUUUUGGUGGAAGCAGCAUUCUCUCUGACUACCGUCUUGUGGGGAAUAUAAAACUCUCUUCCGAUGGGAGCCAUGUCCGCUUUCUCUACCAUUCCAUCUCUGAGCUGAUCUUGAAUGAUAGCGUCGUAUUCAUCCAGCAUUUCGUUCUUCUUAAGGCGUUGUGUAAGCGUUUUCAGUAGUCUCAGACUUCCUUGUUCAUUCGAUGGAAGCGGAGGGUGGUUUCCCUUCCAUGGAAGGUGAGUUUGGUACCAACAUUCUGGGCUGCGCUCUAGUUGUUCAAGGAACUCGUAAUGUACCAUACUUUGGUCACCACAAGGACUGUCUUCCAACCCAAGAACAUCCAUUCUGCAAAGGUUUUCGUAAUCGCUGGUGGUGGUCUGAGUCAAGAACAUACUUUCCAUGUUUACUUCUUUUCCUGUCAACAUUAUUGUCCAUCCAAAUUUGGUAUGUUCAGCUACCAGCUCCCCCAUAGCCCCUGCUCGUUGAGCUUCAGACGUCUUGAUCUUCGUGUAUUCAUUCGUUCCCAGUAUAAGAUGAACCGGAAGUUUGCUCUUCUUAUCAACAUCAUCCAUACGAACUCCACGUAGAUGGUUAUACUUCUUAAUCAUUUCUGGAUAAUCAGGGUUAUGUAGCGACAGCAGUUCGGACCUUUCAAUUCUAGUCACGCAUACCGGAAUUUCGCAAUCGCCCUUGAGGUUGCUCACUUUGAUGUCGUAGACAUGGAUAUUCUUUGUCUCGAUCCCAUGAUGGUUUGAAUACGUCGGUUCAGUGUGGUUUUGGCCUUUAGCUUCAGUAGAUCUAACAAAUAUGCCGAUGCAUAUGAGCCUGUUGCACCGGUAUCCAAUAGUGCUCGACAUUUAGUCCCAUUUACAUUGACCACUACGACUGGAUGACAUACUUUCUCGCCUUCGGUUGAUGCUGUCAUUGCUUUCUGUUCACCGACAACUUUAUCACAUAUCGAGGUGUGAUGUUUCUGUUUACAGUUAAGACAGUUCGUUCGACUUCGGCACUGGGCUGCGCGAUGAUUGUUCCCAGUGCAGUUAAAACACAGACCUUUAUCUCUUAACUUCCGUUUCCGGUCUUCGAUCGACACACAUUCCUUACACUCGGAUGACUUAUGAGAAUUAUCAUCACAAUAUACACAGCCUCUUUGAUGUGACCCACUUUGUUGUAUGUGGAAACUCUUGCACAAUCCUGAGGGCUUAAUGGGAGGUGGGGAUUCAUUCAAUGGGAUAGGGUGGAUAUCUUUCCAGAUUUGUAAAGCUUUAACUAACUCCGGGAACCCCCACAUUUGCCAUUCUGUUUGCCCUCUAACUAGGUCAGCCUUGAUUCCUUUCAACUUGUUUAAGACGCUCCGCACCAGUCCCCAACACUCGCUUAAUUUCCCCAAACUUUCCAAAGACUGUACGUUAUAUGCUAGUUUGUGAUAAAAUUCAUGCACUUUUAAAGGCUGAGAACCCACAACGACUGGUAGAGCCAUAAUAUUUUCGAUAUACGUAUUUACGAUUUCACUAACCUUCCCAUGUCUUCAAGAUGUUCUUGGCUCUUUCGUAGCCUUCGGUGGUAAAUUGUAAACUGUCGAUACCUUGACGAACUUUGGGUUCCAAGAGUUCCUUUAAAUAUGUGAACUUUGUCACAGCUGCCAUGUCUGAGGAGUCAAUUUCUGCUUCGAAUUUAUUCCAGAACGGUAACCAGUUCUCAAGUGCCCCGUCAAAUUUCAUAAUCUCAAGUUUCGGUAAUCUUACUUGCUCUGAUUUCGCCGCUUUCGUUGUUGUUGUAUGUUUUAUCGCUUUUUGAAGUUCGCGAAUGCCUCUUGUUUUCGCCAUUUAUAUUGCUCUGCUUUCGACGCCACAUCAUCUAAAUAUUCUCGCAAGCGUGUUAUUUCAGUGUCGCCUUCAUCGAUUUUUUCUUCAAUUUCACGGCCCCAAGCUUCUACGUCUUUAAGUAAUUCGCCUUUCUCGAGUUUGCUCUGCUCGACCUCUCGUUUUGACUCUUCGAUCAACACUAUGACCUUGCUUAAAGCAUCUUUAUGCCUUUCGAUUUUCUCAGGAAUACCCUUGUCGAGAACGUCAUUUGUUUUGUUUAUUGUAAGACUUAGUAGUUGUAUUUUUCCUUUUAGUUUCUCUUCCAUCGUUCGUUUGAGAUUCUUUUAUUACCAUAUUUCGUUCGGAGGUGCCACUAUAUCGCGAAUGCGGAUUUGAACCGCAGCUCGUUCGCAAUAAACUCACAAGAUAAAGGAUAAUAUAGAUAUUUCCUACGCAAUUAUAUUCUCUCUCUAAAGUUUCUAAAAACCAACUCAGUUUGCUUACGUCUACAAAAAUUUAACCUGUCAAUCAAAAGUCCAUAUAUGGAUAUCGCAUGCACUUAAUAGUUUUGUGUUCAUGACUAUAAUUAGGUAUUAAUUAAAUAUCAAUAUGUUGUACAAUUCUCAACAAUUCUUGUACAAUUCUCAACAUAAUUAAAUAUCAAUAUGUUGUACAGUUCUUGGGUACAGUAGUUACAUAAGAAUGUUAGAGGAAGUACUGCAUUGUAUAUGCUUGGCACCAUCACUCCAAAAACUGUUCUUUUCACUGAAUGCUGGCCACUCUCCAACAGAACUUUUUCCAUACUUUGGAUCUGUUUUGGCAACAGAUAUGAAUUCAACAAAUACUUUAUCUUCAUCAAAUGUCCAUUUAUGAUGUUUUACUGGGGAUUUAUUUGGAGGAGUCAGUUUAAACUUUCUGAUAGGAAACUACAAACCAAACAGCAAAAGUGAAAAAGUGAGAGGGGCAAUGUCAUACACUGUCAUGAGUUUAUUGAUAGAUGAACAUGAGGUAUAGAAGAAACACAUCUCCUAUACAUCUGUAAGUCUUUACAGAAAUACUGUUUAAAGUCAGUCUUAAAACAAUUGCCCAAUUUUUGGAACAGAAUUCUGCCCAACUAAACUAUACGACUAUACAAAACAGAAUAUAGCAAAAGUACCCCAUUUUCAAACCGCGAUUACUCAUUGGUUUACUGGAGCAAAUUCAUGUUUUAAAGCAACAGUAGAAAGAAUAAAUCUUCCCUGAUUUGAUGAUGUGUUUUGUUUUUAUUUUUCUAAAAAAAAGUGAAUUUACUUCUGCAUUAUAUCAAGGUCAUUUUAUUGGCGUGGCCACUGACCCGGAACAAGCAUAAUUACAAUACGUAAUUAGCAUAGCUAAAAAACAAUUCCUGUACCAAAUAAGUCAAAAAUAGUUUAAUAAGGUUCUUAAAUAAUACGAAGCCAAAAUCGCAAUGUAUUUCAACAACUGUUCGCCAAACGUUGGUUGAAAAUCGUAAUUGUGAAUAAUAAUGAGACGUAAUGCAUUUUGGGAAGACCCUCAUUCCUCCUUUGGAUGGAAAGUAAGUUGUAAGUUUUUUUUAGUAAGAUGGAAAGUAAGUUUUUCCAUGGAAAGUAAGUUUUUUAGUAAGAAUUCCAAGUUUGGUUAUACGAAAAUGUUUCUCAUGAACAACGUUUCUGCAAACUUUGCAACACUGGUGAAGUGGAAAACAAAUAUCACUCAGCCUUAUCUUGCCCGAAAUACGAAGAAUUAAGAAAUAAUUCUAACAACAUUCUCAAAAACCUAUUUUAUCUCAAUAACACAAUGGAAGGAAAACAAAAACUGUUUCAGCAUGCGAUGUCUUUAGACGAUCCAGUUCUUGUUAACCUGCUUUCUAAGUAUCUUUCUCUGUUUUUUGGAGAGAGAUAAAAGCCUCAAAUCCAUGGAAGAUUAGGGAUAACAAUUAGACUAAAAAUCCCUUAGAUAAAUAAUAAAACAAAAUAAACAAAAAAAAAGUUAUAUCUUUAAAUUAUAUACUGUUUUCCUAUUUGUAAAUAGCUUCUUACUAUAUAUUUUAAUAGUUAUAGCUUCGACAUUACUGACAUUAUAUAUACUCUACGCUUAGCAAUACCUGUAAUUAGGUCAUGCAAAUAAAGCUUUAUAAUAAUAAUACUAGUAUAACAUAUAUCAUGUUUUGUAGAAGGUGUAUAAACGGUAUGAUUGUGCAAUAUGUGUUUGUUAUAUUAAUAAAUAUGAAAAAAUAGUAUAGUUUCACUACCCAUUGGGUUGUAAUAUACUGUGUUUAAUGAAGUUUUAGAUGAACAUUGAGUCAACUGUAUUUAUUUUUAAUAGGUCAGUCUACAGCUGAGAAUCAGGAGAAUGUUAUUAAUUUAAUAAAUUUAAAGGUAUUGCAUACCUAUCUAUUAAUAGGUAUGCAAUAUUGCAGUCAAUUGUUUGUUAUUUAUAAAAAAUGUUAAUUAAAGUGCCUAUGACAAACUUUCACCCCAAAUGUUUAUGAUUGCAUUGUAAAGAUCACUUAAAAUGACUUACUAAUUUCUUUUAUAGAAUUUUGGUAUUUUGCUUCCUUUGCAAGGUAUUGAACUUUGUUUCAUAUGCAAAUAUCACCAGUGUGACAUUACAUCGCAUAAUGACCUUUUGAAAACGCAAUAUUUUACCUUCAAAAAAUAUUUUUACAAACAAAUACAGAGGGUUAAAUGAGGUUAUAUAUUAACCAAAGUUAAUAGCUAGUGAACCACUCGUGAUCCGGAAAUUGGGUGUCACUGUUGAGGUACGCCUGGAGUUGCUUGUGCAACAUAUGCUCAUUAGCUGUUUGACAUGCAAAGUGUACGGAACAUUUCCAAAGUAAAGCAACAUCUAUCGACUGGACUGCAGCAUUUCAAUCGACAGAAUAUCUCUUUGGCCUCCACACAGCACUCGCUGGUAUGGCCAAUUCUACAUCCUGACCUGAUUAGUUGGAGCAGUUGGGCGACUCUAUUCCAUCACAGCCAACUACAUCAAGAGCGUCAGCACCAGGUAACUUGUCUGUGGCGCAAGGUAUGUUUAAUGCCACUUCUGUUGUCAGUGCUAUAAGUGGUAGUGUCCCUGAAGCAAAUUCUUCAAUACCCCCACCUCAACCAUCGCUUAGUGUGUUCCACCCCACCAAUGACAUCCCCUCCACUACUCCUGCCCCAAACAUCCCCAAUCCCAAUCUUUGUCCCGAGAAAGCCUUAAGCCUGGGCCCUGGUCCUGCCCCAAUCCCACCUAAGUUGGUCUCAAGAAUUUUCUCCGAUAAGUACAUUGAACUAACAGAGCUUUGCUAGCACAACGGAAGCUAGCAGAACUAACAGAGCUUUGCUAUUGAAGGUUCAACUAUCAUCCCAAGUCAAACUUGGACAUUUUGUUGUGGGUUGAAUGUUUCAAUAGUUAUAUGUCAGUUAUUGUUACUUUUCGGCCGCAUCGGGCACAUAAUCUACUCGCGUAUAUGGUGCUUAUUAUACGUACAGCCAGGCGUUUCAGCAAUAAUCUCCAGGAUUGGAGCGUUAUGCAAACAGACUUGUAUAACUUCCACACAGCAGCAAUGAAUCGCGUGCCUGAUGCACAAUUGUUUAAUUCUCGUCGCACUAAUGUUGGAUCAACCAGGGUGAUGCCUUAUGCCGAACCCAGUGGGAACCAGACUAGUCCCCAGUUUUGUAUGUCUUGGAAUGAAGGGUCCUGUGUCGCGCCGAGAGUUUCUUGUAGAUUUCGCCAUGCAUGCAACAUCAGUGUCUGCGGAAACCCCACCGCCUAAUCGACCAUUGGGCUUUCCAAAGUCGGGACAGGCGAAAUUCUCCCAAACGCACUCACAAACGGUCAACCUCAAGACCAAAAUACUAACAAUGAUGUUAAUAACUUGUUAUCUUUGAUUCCUUCUUCAUUUUUUUAUGUUAAACCCGGUUAAAGUUAAUUUUUCCCAGAGGAUCUCUUUGGCUAAUUCCCCUAUCAAUGUGGACAAUUUAGAGAUGCAAUUACUUGUACACCCAGACAGGACAGACUUAAAAUACAAUGUGUUCUUUCUGGUUUUCGCGAGGGAUUCCGUAUUGGUUUCACUCUGAUUCUGUAAAAUUAAAGUCUGCCUCUAGUAAUUGUCCGUCCUCAGCUGAACAUUCCGGUGUUAUCAAUGAUUAUUUAACCACUGACAUCCACGCUGGUAGAGUUUUUGGCCCAUUGAAAACCCCACCAUUUCCAAACUCACAAAUUAGUCGUUUUGGUGUGAUCCCCAAGAAAAACAAAGUUAAUGUGUGGCGGCACCUUAUCUUAGAUUUGUCUUAUCCGCAUUGGGCUUCACUGCAGAUGACAGUGCGCCCAAUGGCUCGCCUUUGCCUGCAAGCUAACAAACUUUAAUGUUGUUCACUGCACACCUAUCCCGAACAAUUAAAGCAAGUUCAAUUAAAGUUUAUCUGUCAGGAGUUCGGUCUUUGCAUAUUGAACAGGGUUUCAAAAACCCCUUAGAGAACUGUGUUCAUUUGGAGCGUGUUUUACGCAGAGUCAAACGGUUACAAGGGACUGGGACCAAGCAGCACCUGCCUAUCACUAUAGCUAUUCUUCAUAAACUCUACAAAAUUAUUGACUUAAAUCACUGCUUGGAUGCAUUAUUUUGCGCUGCUUGUUUGACAGGAUUUUUCGGUCGGGCUCAGGCAAAUCCACAAUUGCCUCUUCAUCUUCAAUAGUCUUACAAUCGGCUAUUUGUAAUUUGACAAGUUGACAAACUGUUUCAUCACGAUCAUCACCAUAAGACGGGCAUGUACACUGUUCCUUGUGUACAUCACAGCACAUGCGAACUGGGUCGAAAGGAUGAAUGACUGAAUACCCAAAGUAAUCAAGGAUAAUCUCUCUGCGGCACUCAUUUGCUUUCACAAGUGUUCUCAUUACUUUUCCUGCAUGUUUUUUUGGCUUUGCUUAUGUCAUACGAAUAAAUAAAAAAUGCAAGGAGAUAGCUGCCAACAUGCAAAAGUGAAAGCCAAAAUUAAGCAGCAAAAAAUUGAAAAAAAGCUAUGAAUGUCAAAAAUGCAACAAAAAGUUCAAAUCAAAAUACUGGGCCAAUGGCCCACAUCGGUACCCAACAGACAAAAUGAGAAAUUAAUCCACGUAAGCCAAAAUUAAGCAGCAAAAAAUUGGAAAAAAAGAACAUUUGAAACAGUUACCACUAAUUAACAUGUAAGUAAGCUAGUAUGGUAAAUAUAUGGUAAUAAUAUCGCUGCACGCAAUUCAACAGGCGGCAAUUGACACUGGUAUUCCCUUGGCCCCAGAAAAGAUUGAGGGCCCUACAACAUGUUUGACUUUUUGGGAAUAGAACUCGAUUCACUCCGAUCUAUGACAGCGUGCCUACCUUCGGACAAAUUGUCUGACCUACUAAACAUUAUUCGACUGUGGGUGAACAAAAAACAGUGUAAACACUAGAAAUACAUGCAUGCAGUAACCCCUCGCCAAUAUUUCCAUACAUUAAACAUGAAGUAUUCAGAAAUGACCAGCACUGAACGCAGGCUCGUGUUCAAGUGUUGCCAUGAUAACACAAUAUUCUUAAAUUUUUAUUUUCAUAUAUUUUGUACAAAACUGCAAAAUAUUUGAAAGAUUCGUCCUUUUAACUUGCAACAAUAAAUUUCCAAAAUAUAUACUGUAGGUAUAUUAUUUUGCAUUUUGUGAGCUUGGAUUUAAUGUAAAAUUUAACUUGAAAUGCUUCGUAAAAUGUUUUGAAAUGUUCAUUCAAGUAAACUACAUUUUGCCGAUAAAUUGUUUUUACUUAACAAAACAUGAUCAGUUUAAUACAAAUGAAAUAAAAUUGUUAGGUAAUUUCAGUUCAGUGUUCAAAUCAAUUUGUUCGCCUUUACAUUUUAAGAUUUUUUCUCAAAUCAAACGGUAAUUUAUGAAACUUAGAGCUUCUAUAGUUCAUGUUUUUUAUUAUGUAAAAAGUUAAAGCAACAAAAUUCGUAAACAUUUUAAAAAUAUUCAAAGCAAACUUGCCGUAUAUUUCCCGAUUUCCCGUAGUAAACCAAUUCUUCUCAUUUCUUCAAACAAAAUUGCUUCAAGCUUGUUGUAUAUGAAACGAUUUUCCAAAUAUAUGUCUUUUAAAAUUGAAAUCUUGCUUGCCAUAUUUUUGCGAUAAGUGAGGAUGACCACCCACUCAAAAUCGUCGCUCGUUGGUAAGCGCCCGCGAUGAUUGAUGAACUUUAGACUUCGCUAAUGCUUUCAUUUCCCCGGGUGUAAAUAGCCGGGGGGGAAUUAGUACCCUUGCAUGGCGCUUCGCGCCGUCGGCUCGGGGAUAAAGAGUUAGAAUCCCUUUGCCAAACUUAGUCACGCUUGUUACGUAGUUCCAGCAGGUCGCACAUUUUACAUUGCCUAAUCAAUCUUCUACGAGAUUCUAAGCGCUAUUGGAAAUGCAUUUGCAUCCCCCGGGAAAGUCAGUUAGAUCUACAGUGGUGGUUGGACUUCUUGCCAUCUUGGAAUGGACUCUAUUUUUCGAUCUUCCCGACUGGCCCUCCAGAUUUUGAACUGUCCAGUGAUGCUUCUGGAAAAAAGUGGUUUGGCAUUUAUAAUAAUGGCGCUUGGUUUUACAAAGCUUGGCUGCCAACUCAACAACCACUAGGCAUGGCAUAUAAAGAAAUUUAUCCAAUCGUGCUUGCAUGCCACAUCUGGCGUCACGCUUGGUUAAAUAAGCGCAUAAAGAUUUGGUGCAAUAACCAGAGCGUUGUACAUAUUACAUGCUCUGGCACUUCAAAAGAUGAUAAGAUCAUGCACUUGGUUCACACUCUUUUCUUGAUUACAGCUAAAUUUAAUUUUUGUGUUUGUGCUGCACACAUCCCCGGUAAAAACAAACAAGAUUGACAAAAGUGACAAAUGACAAAAGUUCCAUAGAAAAAAAUUAUUAGCACGUCGAGAAACGUAUUUUAAACAAGACGUGAAAUGACAAAUUUUUCCACGAAGUGCCAUGUUUUUUGCAUUUGUCCUCUGAGCCGAGCCUAAACUAUGCAUUUUUACGCUAUGCAUGUGGUAAGAUGAUCGAUAGGCCCAACAAGGGGCAUUAUAAAAAGUGGAUAAUUUCCCCGAAAUUUUGAAAAAAUAAUUGAAAAAAUUUUUGCCGUAAAUCACCUAUUAUUCCCCAUAUGACCCCCUAAAACCAUCAAAGUGCCUCUUAUCCUGUUACUGGAAUGUAAACACGUGCGAUCGAAAAAAAGCUCCGAAAAAUCACUUCUUUUGACCCCUUGGAAGGUAAGUUUCUUAUAAUUUUUCGUCAAUAUAUGCUUUUAAGUAACCCAAGUCACUAAUGGAAUGGUUUUUUAUUACAAAAUGAACUUAAAAGGUCAUGAAUUAUUAAUAUCGAAUUUCAUGUAAUUUGAUAGUAAAAAAUGUACCUCUGACCUAUUAAUAAAAACUGGAUGAAAAUUGAAAAAAAAAUUUUAAAUUCCCAAAAAUAUUUAUAAAUCCUAAUAUAAUUAUUUCAUUUCUUUUCUUUACAGAUUUAAUAAAAUGUCACGAUUUCUUGUGAAUAACCCAAAUCCUAGGGUUAUUGAAGAAUGCGCAGCCUAGGAUGAAAUUGAUGUUGAUCAUAUGGCAUUUAACCAGGCAGUGUGUGACACGACCCGCAAUGCAUCAUGGGAUUUUGUUUGGGAAGCUAUUUUAAUGCUCAUUUGCAUUUAGCUGCCGUCGAGUAAAUAUCUCAUCAAUAUUUAUUUAUGCCAUAGGGGUAUAAAGAAUUUGCUUCAUUUCCUAAAAGUGGUGACCGUGAAAGAAUGCCUGAGCUCAUUCAAAGGUCUUGUUGGCGCUGUCGAUGCAUCUUGUUGGAUACACAAAGCAGUAGCUAUUAGCUAUAAACAGUUUGUGACGAUCGAAGGUAAAUAAACCUUUGCGAAGUUGUGUGUUUAUUAUAUUAUAAAGAUUUUAAUAAACUGCACAAGUUUUUAGUAUACUUUAUAAUUAAAAAUUAAGCCAUUUUAUCUAGGGUUCUUCAAAUAUGUGAGCUGUAUUUAAAGCUUUUGAAAAGAAAAAACAUAGAAGCAAUAGCUGUGUUUGAUGGAUUGCCAUUGCCAGGGAAGGAAGCAGAACGAGCAAGGCGAAGCAGGUAACAAAUGCAUUAUAGCAUUUCGCACACAUUUUUAAUACGAAGUGACUAUAUGACCGGCAGCCAGUCACGGUUUAUCAAAAUAUAAAAAUAGGUACGCGCUGCGUACAUGUGGGUAGUCUGCAUUAAUUGUUGUUAAAGCUGGAGUGAUACGCACAACAAAAUUGCUGCAACAAAAUCUGAUUUCAACGCAUUUUAAGUAGAAAUGUUGACAAAACAUUUCAAUUAACAUGCGCAGAAAUCAGAUUUUGUUGCAAGUUGCAGCAAUUUUGUUGCCCAUAUUAGUAUAUUACUCCACCUUAAUUGCUAUUGUCAAAUUCCGAAUUUACUGAAAGAAAGUAUUAAGUAAAUUGAACACAGUUCAAAUAUUAUACACACAUUUAAUCACAUACUGAACAUCAGAUAUGACAAAAAUACAUAAACGACUGUUACAUGUAUUUUUCAAUAAGCAUAAACAGAUAUAAGAAGUUACAAAGUAUUUUAAUGUGUCAAAAAUAAUUUGCACGCUGAACAGACAGAACAGUACAAGGUCUUUAAUAUGUAUACGAAACAAAAUACUUCACACGCCGAAAUACAGACAGUACGAAAAACAGUUAAGACAAGAACAGUUCUUGUUCAAGGACAGCAUACAUCAAAGACAAAGGAUCAGGUUUACAGGCUGCAUAUAUACAAUUUUUGUGAAGUUUGAGUUUCAAGGAUAGUCCAUGCAAAGAUCUAAGGAUGAUGUUUUCCGGCGGAGUUGAAAAAGAUCAACAUAUUCUUUAUUUAGUGAUGAUUGAAUUAAUUAAACAACGACAUAAUCGAUCCCAUAUAUAUUGGUAAUGACAUUCAACUUGCUUUCAAUAUUCGACAAAUAUAUCCCAAAGACUUCGUGCGCUAAUAUUCCACUGCCUAAUCCUUGUGUAAACUGUGCUUGGCUUUCUAUUACAAACAUUAUGUAAGAAACGACAUACUCGAUUCUAUAUACCUAUAUGUUCGUCAACAUUCCUUCGAUAUAGACCAACGUAAAUAUCUCCAAUCAUCACACGCUAUAUGAUUAAUUACUAUAUUUUUCUAAUACGUAUAAAAUGUUUGAUCAAACUGAUAUGUCGUGUUUAAAUAUCACAUUACACGAUAUAAAACAGACCCUGUGCUCUAAUAUUAACUCCAAUGACCUUUGUACAAGCUGUGAGGAUACGUCUAGCCAACAGAAAUGUUAGGAUACGUCUAGCCAACAGAAAAAAAGCUAAAUAUCUACGACGAAACGGCAAUAUGAGCGAAGCCAACAAAGUACUUGCUGGGUCUGUGGAGGUCGAUCAUAAUCUUACUCUUCAGUUUAUACAUGUGAGUUUUUAAAUAUACAAAUUAGUUAUUCAAACAUUGGUUAAUGUUUAUACUUUAUAAACGUUCAACUGUAGUUCAUUGUCUUCUACGUAUGUCGUGAGAAUUCUGUACGAUACGUAGUAGCUCCUUAUGAGGCUGAUGCACAAAUAGCCUUCCUAGUUCAAAAUGGACAUGCUGAUUUCGCUAUCUCUGAAGACUCAGACCUGCUCAUGUAUGGAUGUAAAAAGGUUAUUUUCUAAACAGAUUGUUAGCUUCUUUAUCCUUUUAAGCAGGUUAAAUGCACAUGAAUUGAAAGAGUUUUAUUUCAAUAAAUAUAACAGGAAAUUUAAUAGAAUCGUUCUAAUUUACAUACACAUAUUAUACUGAAGGCCUGUUUGUAUUGUGCUUGCAAGUUAUCUAGUAAACCGAGUCAGGGUCUGUUUAUACAAGCCUGGUUUGCCGGGCUGGCCUGCUUAAAUGAGGCGCCUGGCUUUAUAUGUGACAACUGGACCAGCCUGUUUAGCUGGGAUCCCACUUGACUCAAACGGGGUGCCUACUUGACUCAAACAGGCUGAAAUUUGUCCAUGUAAAGUCACCAGCCCGGAUAGCCAGGCCAUGAAUGACCAAGUGCCCGGAUAACCGGGCUGACACAAAACCCUUGUCACAAAAAUAUUUAUAGAAAUGUAUAUUUUUCUGGAUAAACUCUUAUUUCUUAAGUUAAUCUUGCUGAUAAAGUAGUUUUUAAUUGAAAAUUUGUCCAAUAGAGCAUAAUUUGACUUUUGUGAGAACCCUUAACUCGUCGUAAACAAGUUUUCCAGUCAAUUUUCGAUAGCUAAUGUUUCAGCCCGGCUUAUGUCUCAUCCCGGCCAGCCGAGCUCAUGUAAACAGCCCCUUAUUCAGAGUGAGUUCCUGCUUGGCUGCAACAAAUAGUUUUCAUGUUUGCCUGUUUUAUAGCAUGGUAGGCACACAUGAAGGCAGUUAUGAACUUUAUAUCCCCAUGUUUUUUGCUCAAAUUUGUUUCUUGUUUAUCUUAACUUUAGUUAAUACCGUACUAACCCAUUGCAUAAAAAUGGGUUAAUGCUGUAUUAAUUUUAUUUUAAUAAUUUCCUGUGAAAUUGUUGAAAUGGAUAUAGUGCUGGCAUAUUUGGAAGUGAAUAAAUUGGCUUUUCUCAACAUAUGCAUAACAGCAGGAUGUGAUUACCUCCCAAAUGUGAAAGGUGUUGGAAUUAACAAGGCCAAAAAAAACUGGUGAAAGAGAAUGAUUUUCUUCAUCGUUUGAUUCAGAUUCCAGGUGCCCCGGAAGGAUAUGAAAAUCAGUUUGUUUCAGCUUGUGCUGUUUUUCAACAUCAGACCAUCAUUAACCCUGAUAAUUUGACAACUAUGCCUGUGCCAAUGAAUGGUAUGGAAUGA